AAAGUGGUGUAAUGUGCAGCAGCUAGAUCCACGGGAAAAACAUUCAGCCUGGGAUGCUUUACAAGCAAGACUCCUAAGGAUACCUUAUAGCCUUCCUGUGGCACCAGCCGCUGCACCCACGAUGAGUGAAGAGGGGGGUGAGAACAGGUAAGCCAUUGCCGGAAUUACAGUAGUUUAAUCCAGAGUAGUAUCAGACUAAUUCCAGUUUCUGUAGCAGUUGCGAAAACUUUCCUAACUGGGGAUGGGAGUGAGUCAGGAGAGCUACCAAAGGCGCAUUGUGGAGCCGAUACACAGCCAUGGCUAAGAGACUACCAGAAGCUCCCAGGUUCAGAUCUUGCACGUACCAUGAAUGUGCUGGGUAGCUCUAAGCUAGCAGCUCUGCCUCAACCCCCAUCACCCGCAGCCUCCCAGAGGCACGAGACAUUUCACAGCAGUGUAAUGGAAGAGAAGCUCCUUGAAAGGGAAGUACCAGGUAUACAUGCCAAGUAUUUUUGAUAUACAUAAUGCUGGGGAGAAAUACAAGUUCUGAUAAAUUCUUUUAAAUCAUUUCAUUUAUUUCAUAGUCCUUUUAUUUAUUUCUUGAACCACGAAGUGAUUUGCACCCAACCAAGUGAUAUGGCCACAUCCCUGAGAAUGGCUGUGAGCAGGAGACAGACUGUGGUCCCUCCAGCAGCUGCUGCCGUUCUUACAAAGUAGAAUGUGGUCUGGUUAAGUAAGACUUUUGUGUUUCUUAAGCAAAAGAGCAUACCUGGGAUCAUUUAAUGCAGAUUAGAUACAGAUCACAAGUAUGCAUCCUUUCUUUGUAAAUUAAGCACGUGUUGAUGGACUGUUACCUAUUCCAAGAUUUUUGUACAGUGGCCAGAAAGCAUUUGCAAUUGGGCACCUAAUUUAGGAAUGAGAAUACCUGAGUAAAUUCAGUGUGUUUUUUUAAAAUGCUGAAAUAAGACCACCCCUGUUUUUAGAACAUGGGGAUUCUCUUGCUUGAUUAGAUCAAGAUCCAAAUAAUCCAGCAUUCUGUUUCCAACAGUGGGCAGUGAGAAUCCUCCAGGAAGCUCACAAACAAGGCAUGAAGGUGACAUAGACUCUGUUUGCCCCCCGCCCCAGCCACUGCCUCCCUCCACUACCUGGUAUUCAGGGGUACACUGUUUCUGAACUUAUAAGUUCCAUUUAGACAUCAUAGCUAAUCACACUUGACAGACCUACCCUCCCUGAAUUUGCCCAAACUUUUUUAAAAGCUUCUAAAUUAGGGUAGAACUACAUACAGCUGCCUGCAUCUGCACAAAUGUCUGAUGGUUGCUUUUCCAAAAGAAAUGCAGGUUUUUGAGUGGGAUUUGGAGUUGAGAAGCCAAGGAUGGGUGGGAGAUGGCAUUUAACUCUUUUCUACCCACCAUAUCUCUGCUCCGCAUCUCUUUCUCUCUUUCAUAAGAGUCCUAGAUCAAACUAAAGGCCUAUCUAGUCCAGGAUUCUGUCCUCACAAUGUCCCGGUGCCUAUGGGAAGGCCCACAUGCAGGAAGUACGUACAACAAAACUCUCCUGCUCAUGGUCUCCUGCAACUGGUUUUCAGAGGUAUACCACCUCCAGUCCUGACAGCAAUAUAACACAGAGAGAGAGAGAGAGAGAGCGCACACCACAAGCCACUUUGCCUUUUGCAGUGUUUGAAACAUGUUUGGAGAUGCUGUCUCAAAGGUUUGGGAUGAGGGUGGGGAUGAAAAACCUGGUAUAAUAGUGGCAUAUAACAUUUUAGAAAUGAAUAUGGGACCCAGGGGGAGCAGCUGGGGUUGGUUUUGUGCAGAAAAAAAUGUGAGUGGAGAAAUAGGCAUCCCAUCCCCCACUGCGUCAGCCACUUCUCCACUCCAAAUCUUCUCUUCCCACAGCUUCCCUCCUAGGGAAAAGCAGCUGUUGUGCUUUCGUUGCACCCCUUUGCAUGUAACAUUUGGUUAGGAUCUGACUGGUUAGGAUCCCCUAUUGGUGCAUCUUGUGGUCUGAGACAUCUGCCCUUCCAGAAUAAGCCAUGGCAAAGAUCCCAUAUUCCACCUUCUACAUAGCACCAUACUGUAAUGUGAAACUGAAUUAAACAACUAAGGGAAAUCAAAUGAACACAAGACUUGGGAGUCAGGGAAAUAAGUAAUAAAUAUAUUAUUUUAAUUCAUUUUGCAAGAACGAUGAUUAAUCAGGAGUGCGGAUUGCCCAGGAGUGAGACUUGCCAGUUCCAGAUUUAGACUGAAUUUUUGUAAAGACCAGCACGCGCAAAGGAAAGUCAUUGGUCUCCAUCUAUUUGGAGAAACCAGAGAGAUUUCUGAGCCGAUAGCAUAGCAGGAAGGGCUUCUGCAAAACAGUGGGGGGGACGACCCUCCCAUCCUGAGUCUGCCUAGCAGGCUGGAUGCUGUCUUAGUUGCUGGCAGACGGACUGUGUGAAGGAGGUCCUUGCUGUGUGUGACUCACAGUUUGGUGACCUCUCUCAUGCCCUCAGCCAGCAGUCAGGCAGAUUACAGCAGUGCCUUUCCAGUCACAAACCCCUCCCCAUAUUGGUCACCCCGGCAGAAUCUCACUCCAGCCACAAUCCAGUUGUUUCACUCUGGGAUGGGCCUGCAUCUUCCUGCACAGAGGACAGGGUUCUGAAUGCUCUGCUGGCACUCUCACAGAGACAGCACAAGAGCAAGCAAGGGCUGACUUCUCAGGACCUACAGAGACUGCAUAUCAGCCCAAUGUCAGGACUCUGUGCAGAGCCAAGUUUUGUGUGACAGAAGUCUGUCAGCCCCAUCUUCCUGAGAAAGGGGGGGGGUUUCCAUGUGAGACCAUUGCUGUUCUCUGGGAGCUUUUGUUUACGCGAACUUUUAGCAUGAAAGGCAUGAGCACCAAGGAAGCCAGGCUACAGGAAGGACAAUUUUAUGCUGCUGAAUUAAUCUCAAGGUAUAUGAACUCCUGAGCCUUUUUAUCUGCACAAAUGGGACACAAGGGUGGGGGUGCAUGAGGCAAGCCAAGGAUUCCCAUACACUUAGUUCUUCUCCAUUCCUCCCAGUUCCAGGAGAGAUGUUCUGCUGCCUUCCUGUGCCAGGUUUUUAAUUGCUUUUUUCCCUUUCCCUCAGGUGGUAGGCUGAAAAAAGCUCUCUCCUUCCUUGCCAAGGGGACAUGCACCACCAGUGCUCUGUGGACUCUGACAUUGCAGACUGGCUGGCCCUCAUCCAUCUGGAGAGAUACUGGGAUACCUUCAAGAAACAUGGAUAUGGCUCCGUGAAAGAUGUGAUCUCUCUCAGUAAGGAGGACCUGCAGAAGCUUGGCAUCACCGCUACUGGGCACUGCAAAAGGAUUCUGAAUUUAGUGCAACAAACUCGACUGCUUGUGAGGGACAGAAGUGGGCACAUGGCAGGAGAUGCUCGUUACAGAUCUGGCAAGUGUUUAGAUUCUCUGGAUGGGACUAAUGCGGCAGAGAAGAAUGAAGUGGGCACAAAGAAAGAAGUCUUAGUGGAAACUAUUCCCAGCCUUGGGGUUGAUCUUGACCCUGAAGACAACAGUCAGCAUCCACGGUUGAACAAGGAACCGACGCCUCCUGUGACCAAGCCAGUGCCCAAACCUAGGACGUUGUUUCCUCGCGCGCACCAAGCAGCCAAGCCAGAGAAAGUCUCAUUGGCACAAACACCAGUCUGCAAUCCCACGUCUUGCUCUGAACAACCUCUAAGAACGUUUAUUAUUCUGGAGGGAUUUGAUCCAGGGGAAAGUACCACGGAUGCUGAGAGGCUUGAGUUCAGUCCAAAGCACCAGGCAGGGCCAGGAGACAAAGUCCAAGGGGUCACCCUGCCACCUCAGAGUAGACCAAGGGAGGGCCACUUGGAAUAUGCUCUGCAGUGUUUUGCUCCUGAGAGUGGCAUGAGUGGGGAGGUCAGGAGUGUGCAUGAACUCACCUCCUCAUCCACCUUCAAGAGCCAGCCUGAGGACACCGUCAGUCCAACGGAGUCGAGGCCAACUGCCGGCCAAGUGCAGAAAGAGCCCUUGCUGCUUCCUUCUGCCCUCACCAAGUCAGCCUCCCCAGAGGAGCAGAAAGAGUCUGUGUCAGAUGUCACUGUGCCCUUGCCAGUGAAACGCAUGGAGGCGAAGGAAACUGUGAGGAGUCAGCCUUCUGACCUGGUCAAGCAAAAUGGGACUGUGACCGUGGAGAAUGCCAAGUGAGUAUUUAUGCCUUUCCUAGCAGUGCUCUUUCAGGAAACCAACAGAAAGGUCUCAGGUAAAAUAGGAGUGGGGUCAUUUGGUUGUGGCAGUUGCAGAUAAUUAGUUCUGCACUCCAGUCCUUUGGAGCUGGUGACUGGAUCCCUGCUGGACCUUGCAGCCAGCCAGCCUGCCUGCCUUAAGUGAUGCACAAGGCUAGGGAGUAUGUGGGCUGGAACAAAGGCCUUUUCAUGGCUCUGAGAAUGCAUUUGUGCAUUCCUGAGGAACAGCGUCCCACAACUGCACUACCUAGUAUGCCAAGGGAAGCUGGUCCCAUAUAGCCCUCAUGUUGGGUGAUAGGAUGGCAUGGAACCUAGGCUAAUUCGCAUCCUGAAAACAAAAACACUGACCUUUUGCUCCACAGUCAGUUUGAGGCAUGCCAGGGCAGCUCUAGGGAUCAGGGUCAGGUGGGGUUGUUACAAAUGUCCUUUAAGAGGUGCAGUGAGUUUUAGAGUUUUAGGGGUUUACUUGCAAGUUCACACUGCAGGGCUUCACACUUCUCAUGAAUGUGGUUGCCAGGCCUGGUUCAGUGGUGCUGACUCUUGAGGACAGCUUCACUCCUAAAAAUCUAAAAUGAAACCCUGCUACACUGUCAGCCAGUUCCAGGCAAAGUCUUAAAUAAAGUUAAUACAUAAAAUGAGAAAGAGGUCAAACUUAACAGUGACCAUGACAAAUCCAGAAUGCUGCAGCUAGACUGGUGACUGGGAAUGGCUGCCAAGAACAUAUAACCCCAGUCCUGAAAGACCUACAUUAAAUUGUGCUCGGAAACGUACUGGGAGCCAAAGUGUUGGUGCUGACCUUGAAAGCCCUAAAUGGCCUCGGCCCAGUAUACCCGAAGGAGAUUCUCCACCCCUAUCAUUCUGCCCAGACGCUGAGGUCCAGCGCUGAGGGCCUUCUGGCGGUUCUCUCCCUGUGAGAAGUGAGCUUACAGGAAACCAGGCAGAAGACCUUCUUAGUAGAGGCGCCUGCCCUGUGGAACGCCCUCCCAUCAAAUGUCAAGGAAAUAAACAACUAUCUGACUUUUAGAAGACAGCUGAAGGUAGCCCUGUUUAGGGAAGUUUUUAAUGUUUGAUGUUUUAUCGCAUAUAUAUAUAUUCUGUUGGGAGCUGCUCAGAGUGACUGGGGAAACCCAGCCAAAUGGGCGGGAUAGAAAUAAAAAAAUAUUAUUAUUAUUAUUAUUAUUAUUUGCUGUAUGAGAGCAGUGCACUCUGAAAGAUGGAGCACACACAGACACACACAUUAGUGAUAUAUUGUGUUAAGCACUUUGUCUGAUUACAGCAGCAUAAAAUUCAGGGGUGGGGAACCCCUGACCCAUGGGGCCAGCUUGGCCUCCAGACUUCCCCAUUUGACCCUCUAGGAUAGGCUUCCUCAACCUCGGCCCUCCAGAUGUUUUUGGCCUACAACUCCCAUGAACCUUAGCUAGCAGGACCAGUGGUCAGGGAUGAUGGGAAUUGUAGUCUCAAAACAUCUGGAGGGCCAAGGUUGAGGAAGCCUGCUCUAGGACAUUUUGGAGAAGCUAUGCUCUCCCACCCCCACCCCCACCUUGCACCCGGCAUUAUACAUAAAUUGGGAGCUUGAAGUGGUCUCCCGAUGGUUCCUCCAUCAGAGCAAGCCUCACUACCACCCGCCUGUCAGAAGACGCGUGGCAAUAGCCUGCCUUGUUCAAGGCGGGGAAAGCAGCUUCCGUUACUGGUUGCUUUGGCUGCGUGUGCUUCAAAGAACAGUAUUUGGAGAGAGAAGUGUUUUCAUCCUCCAAGUGCUGCUCUUUGAAGCAGCCCUGCGCUGUCCAGCGCUAAACAGGAUAGAACACACACACACACAAAUUAGCUGGUGUGAAUGGAGAUCAAUCCAGCCUGAGUUAGGUGUGCUGAGAUCCCUGAGGGCCCUCUUACCCACCCAAACAUACUCAGCUUGGCUGGGCUUUAGAAUUCAAAGCACCUCACAAUCAGCAAUGCACUCCUAAAAGGGAGGUGAAAACCAAACUAUUAUCCUUGCAUUACUGCCUUCAAGGUGCUUUGAAGUUCUGACUCCGGGACUUCAAAGCACCAGACGUCAUUUGUGAUGUCACUUGAUGGGCAGACCCAUCCACCCUGUCACUUUUGUCCUGCGAGGCAAAUCCUUAUGAGGUUCUGGUACAUGGAGCCAAAAUGGUUGACAUAUCCCUGAUAUAAACGAAUAAAACCACAAACUACAUGGCUGGCUGUAGAGUAGAGGGAGUGUUGCUGUGGAGGUGGUUGGCAGGUGCGAUAGUUUUGAAUAUGAUGCCUGGCUACUUGGCUAGGUGGUAGGAUGAAAAGGAUGAAUAAUCCAGGAGUGCCUGUGAGCAAAGUGGAGGUCUGUAACAUGGCAUCCCUCCUGGAUUUAUAUCUCUGCUCCAUUCUUGCAGGUCCUUGGGACAGCUCUGCCUAGAUCAUCCUCCACAGGGACUUGAUAACAGAUCAGGUGAGAGUGACAACAGCAUCUUUUGUCCACUUAGCUAUUGCUACAUGGGAAGAACUAGAACCACAUCAGACAUAGGAGCCAAUGAGGGGGAUGGACACUGUGAGAGUCAAUGUUUGUUUGGGUUCCAUAUGCUCCUAAAUCUGAAAGCUGUACAGGGUCUAUGCACACUUCCUAGGGAAACUGGCUGUGUUUACCCUGCAUGGGCACAGGAGUCUAGGAGUUCAGAGCCCACCUGAGAAAUGCUAAACGCAAGGCCCAGAACAGACAAGACACAAGAGACUCUGAAUUUGUUUGGAACAGCAGCAGUGAAGAAGGAAGAAUAUAAAUCCCCACUGUCAAAGCUGCUACAUGUGUGUGUUUUGCACUGUGAGACAAAUAGCAGUUGGAGGGUGGAUUAAGAUUGGGGGAAGGGCCCUUUUUAUUCAGGGGACUCAGCUAUACAGCUGCAAAUAAAAACAUUUUAAGUAUGUUGUAAAGUGCAUUAUACAAAUGUGACACUAGAUGGCGUAUUUUUCAAAAUGUUUUUUAAAAAAGCAUUUUCACGUUUUUUAAUAUGUGUGUAGAUUCCACCCAGGUAGAAACAAACAUGUGGGAUCCAAAAAUCUCCUGCAUCUCAUCUGUUUUGGCCCUCUUGAGAGACAAGAGACCAGUGAGGGCUUUUCUUUCUGCCACUUCAACCCUCCUGACAUUUCAGCUUUUGUUUCCCCACAGGACCUGUUGAGGACUCCAUCAGUCCCUACUGCGAGAGCAUGUUUGGGCAAUGGUGGCCUGCCCAGGAGCAGGUGAGGAGAUAUGCAAAUAUGGAGUAAGGGGCAAGGAGUGUGAAAGCCAAUGAGAAUGCUUUGCAUUGAUUCCUGCUCAGGCACAGUUCUGCUAAUUCAAGAGUCCACCUUAUCCCUUAUACACCCAGUAGAUCACAGGAGAGUUUCUCCUGCAAGUUCCAGAGAUCUCAGAAGCCCACUCCACAGUAACUCCAAGCGGGGAUUUUAGUGUGGCAGCCUCUGUCCUGUGGAACAGCAUUCCUGUUGUGAUGCAACAGGCACCCGUGAUCUGCACUUUCGAGAAGCAGUUGAAUACAUUUUUGUUCCAACAGGUUAUCUCAGCUGGACAAAUGGGCCGCAAGGUUUUAGUCUUGUUUAAAAUGUAUUUGCUUCUUUGUUUUGAACUGUUUUUAAUUAUCCUGCGUGUAAAUUGCCUUGAGAUGGUGGCUUAGAAGAUGAUUAAUAACAAGCACAACAACAUCAGCCAUGAUCGAAGCAGCUGCUCAUUACACCUCAGAAGUGCUUAGGGGGAUGCCAGAGGCCUACUAUGGCACCCCACUUUCUAUGUUCACCCCCACUUUUCUGAGCAAUGAGAUGCUCCAGGCACACAGCACUUAACCGGGAUUUGGUUUCCCGUGGAAGGACAUUCUCUGGAGGCUCCCAAAGUUCUGUAAUAAUGGAGCUUAUGUCCAAAAGCACAUAAGGUCUAGCGCAGCUGGAGGCACAGCUUAGCACUCCUGACAGACAGCCAAAGGUGGCCAAUACCUUCCUGCCCUGAUUGUGAGCUUUCUCAAGGUGUCUGGGUAGCCACUGCUGGAAACUUAAAACUAGGUUAGAUUGGUCUUUUGAUCUGAUCCAACCUGGCAUCUUGGUGUGCAUCAAUUUGUACACAGGGCAUAGAGUUCUGGAGCUUGUCUUUCAGCAGGCAAAGAAAAGAAAAGGAAACAAGAACUACCUUUGUCUCCUAAACAUUCUAUGAGAAUCUUCUUCCAGGCUGCAGGAUCCCUUGAGUGGCAGGAAUACGAAGAGUUGCCAGAAUGUGCACCAAACCAGGGAGAAGAAAGGCCCGUGUAAGUGGUUUUAGCUACUAUUCUUUCCCUACUUCUCAACUCUUUUUCACCAGUGUUAAAAAUAAGCCGAAAGGGGGGCAGGGACACACUGGGAAAUAUCUCAGAAGAUGACAUCUCAUUGGUGCAGUCUGCAAAGAAGUUCACCAGACUAGGCAGUGCAGAGUAAGUAUGGGCAUGGGCUUCCACCGAGUGAUGAUCUGGUUCAGCACUACUAGUGGUUGCCCAUCUUUCACGUGAAGCAGAGAGGGACUCACAGGCCAUCACUCAGGGCUUGUCCACACUUCCGCUUGUCCUGUUCCUAGAAAGCAAGGCUCUGGGCAGUUUUUUGCUUGACCCGCACUUUCUAGGUACGAGCCUGAGUGGUUUUCCCCUUGCCCCACUCCUUUCCCAGGGAAAACUUGCUCUUUACCUUUGAAUCAGAACAAAUGGCAAUCUGCAGAAUAUCUGAUUUCCAUUUGCUCCAGUUGAGCGCUAAAGAAUGGUUUUCCCCAGGGGGAAGCAGUGGGACCAAAGGAAGUGUGCAUAAGCCCUAACUGUACUCUAACUCCCCCUCUGCUUGUCAGUUUCAGUGAGGAGAGCAGGACAGAGGAAUGGGGCUGGCAGGGGCUGGUGUUCCUGUUUCCUGAUCUUCUGUCUUCAUUGCUCCUCUAAAGGGCAUUUUGAAAGGAACAGGAUUGCCCUUCUUGCUACCAGCUGCUGUGGGAGAGAACGGAACUGGUUCUAUAGCUGAAGGGCUGUCCAUGCUUCAAGAAACAGACCUGACAUCUUUCUUUCAGGAGCAGAAAUACCAAGAUAGAAGAAAAGAGCCAGUCCAUGCAGCCAGUCCGCAUUGCCCAGAAUGAGACAAAGGGAUACUCUUCAGUGGAGGCUCUGUGGGCCAAAGGCUCCCCAUUCAGACUCUCUGACCACUUGUAUCCUGAUGAGACUUCAGAGGACCUAACCAUCUCCCCCUAUGCCAGCUAUACCUCGCUGUCAGAGCGCUCGGUCACUGUGCUCAACGGCUGGCUGGACAAGCUGUCUCCACAGGGGUAAGUGGCAAGGGAAAUGGGCCAAGUUAAAACCUGUGUGGAAACAGGCUCUUUGCUUACUUGCAAUCAUUUAUUUGCCUCUUUCCCAAUAAACUGCCUAGAGCGGUGCACACAAUUUAAGCAUCAGAAAUCACGCAAGCUGAAGUAACUACAAACACAAAAACAAUAAUUACAUCUCUGCCAGAAAACUGAUAGUUCUGUUUUGGUAAAGAGAAAGAAGGUCCUGGACAGGAAGAAGAAAUGCUGAGAUUUAUACACACCCAGAAGUGAAGGGCAGGAGGUCCUUCUCUAAGCCCUGAUGUGUGAGAGUAGGCUGCAUCACUCUGUGAAGGAAAUGCAAUCUGCACAUGUGCAGAGUAUUUAAUCAGUAAACAGAUCGACUUAGUCUUUGGUGGAUUGAUCAGCAAGGGCAAUUUUUAAUGAAGUGCCAAUUAGGAACGUAACUUGUUUUGGGGUAUUUGAGGCUUUUGUUGUUGUUGUUCUUACUCUUUCUCUGAUUCUGUACUCCAAAUUGCCUCCAAAUUGCAUUGAAGAUGACCAUGGGGGGGGGUGUCACAUGUGUUUCCAAGCAACAUGGCUUUAGGUGUUCAGAUUAUCUCUGAAAGGCACAUAUAUUGAGGUUUUGGUAAUAAGCACAUUUAUUGAACAGCUGAAAGGCAUACAAUUAGUCCAUUAAAUAGCCUUUACUCUUCAGCCUUAGCUGAGAGGCUUUCUGCUCAAGAGCUGAAAUCUUUUUGCACUAAGCAAUUAAAAUCAGUUCUAGGACUGAGCCCUGCUGGUACCAGAGUCAGGCCUUUCAUAAGCUCUAGCAGUGCAGAGAGGUGCUCCUGAUAAAGGGCCCUGGACUCAGCCGGCUCUCCUUUUAUUCCCAUCAGGAACUACGUCUUCCAGCGACGCUUUGUCAGAUUUGACGGGAAAAGUCUCAUGUAUUUCAACAAUGAAAAGGUGGGACCAGAAGAAGAGAAUCUCUGGCUGCUAAACGCUGCACAUUUGGGGGGGGGGGUGUGCUCAGGGAGACCCGAGUGGGGGACCAAAGGGAGAAGACAAUGGGAGGUCCUGGCUCAGUUGAGGAAGGGUGGGCCUUUCUGUGCAUGUGGAGGAGACAUGGCUGUGGGAGGAGUCACUGGGAGACAACCAUCCAUUUAGGGCCCCAACAUCCCAUGCAUGAGCCUUUGACCCAUCUGUUUAUUUUCAAGAGCCCGGUUGCCAAGCUGGUUUGUUUUGUUUUUUUGCCUUCCGGAUGGGGAGGGAAAACCAGAUCAGCAUAAGAUAUAACUAGAUUGGGGAAACGGCAACACUGAGCUCCCUUUCUCUUGCAGGAGCCAUAUCCUAAAGGUUUGGUUCCCCUCUCUGUCAUUGAUGUGGUGCGCUCCACCAAGGACAACAAAUUCCAAGUUGUCACGAAACACAGGAUCUUUGUCUUCAGAGCUGAAAAUGAGGGUGAGAAAUCCCAUCUUGAACCCCAGCAGAGAGCACCCGCUCUCUUAUUUUUAUCUGUUUCAAAUAUUCGUAUACAGACACACACCCCUUGUGAUCCUGUUCACUGCCCACACUUUGCCCUUUUCACUUGACUUGGUUGAGAGAAGGAGAGCGGCCUGUAGCUGUAGCAAGAGCUGUCUGACAAUGGAAGGGACUCCCUCAGGAGGUGGAGACACUAGUUCCUUGAAGGUUUUUAAGCAGAGGUUGGAUGCUUUCCAUGAUUCAUUCAUUCAGACCCCUGGGCUCUCACUUUCGGGGUGCCUCAGGGUUCUGUCCUCUCCCCCAUGCUUUUCAACAUCUACAUGCAGCCCUGGGAGAGAUCAUCAGGGGGUUUGGGCUGGGUGUUCAUCAGUAUGCGGAUGAUACCCAGCUCUACCUCUCUUUCAAAUUGGAAUCAGUGAAGGCAGUGAAGGUCCUGUGUGAGUGCCUGGAGGCAGUUGGAGGAUGGAUGGUGGCUAACAGAUUGAGGUUGAAUCCUGACAAGACAGAAGUAUUUUUUGGGGGGACAGGGGGCGGGCAGGUGUGGGGGACUCCCUGGUCCUGAAUGAGAUAACUGGGCCCCUGAAGAACCAGGUGAGUCAUUUUGGACUCACAGCUGUCCAUGGAGGUGCAGGUCAAUUCUGUGUCCAGGGCAGCUGUCUACCAGCUCCAUCUGGUACACAGGCUGAGACCCUAUCUGCCCGCGGACUGUCUUGCCAGAGUGGUGCAUGCUCUAGUUAUCUCCCUCUUGGAUUACUUCAACGCGCUCUAUGUGGGGCUACCUUUGAAGGUGACCCAGAAAGUACAACUAAUCCAGAAUGCGGCAGCCAGACUGGUGACUGGGAGUGGCCGUUGAGACCAUAUUACACCAGUCCUUAAAGACCUACAUUGGCUCCCAGUACAUUUCCGAGCACAAUUCAAAGUGUUGGUGUUGACCUUUAAAGCCCUAAAUGGCCUCAGCCCAGUAUACCUGAAGGAGCAUCUCCACCCCCAUCGUUCUGCCUGGACACUGAGGUCCAGCACUGAGGGCCUUUUGGUGGUUCCCUCACUGUGAAAAGUGAGAUUACAGGGAACCAGACAGUGGCACCCACCCUGUGGAACGCCCUCCCAUCAGAUGUCAAGAAAAUAAACAACUAUCCAACUUUUAGAAGACAUCUGAAGGCAGCCCUAUUCAGGGAAGUUUUUAAUGUUUGAAGUUUUAUUCUGUUCUGAAUGUUCUGUUGAAAGCCUCCCAGAGUGACUGGGGAAACCCAGCCAGAUGGGCAGGGUAGAAAUUGUUGCUGCUGUUGUUGUUUUUGUUUGUGCUGCGUGUGUCAGUUCCUACUGAAACUUUACUCUGGCCUUUGGCAAUUGCCCCUGCAGCUCAGCGGAAUGAGUGGUGUAGCGCCUUGCAGCAGAGAGUGGCUGAGCAGCGGCUGCUGUGUCCCCGGCCGUGCCUCAGUGGCACCACUCAUCUCCAAAAAUCUGGGCACCUGGAGCUCAAAGGCUACAAAUCCAAGCUGUAUGUGGUGCUUGUCCUGGCUGAGAUGUGGUUAUACAAAAGUGAACAGGUGAGCGCCAGAGCCUUUCAGCAGUCAGAAGCCCAGUCUAGAGAACUUUCUGAACCUCCCCAAAUACUUUUGAAACAGAUUUUUUGGUGCUGUGCCUAACGUAGGAGUUCAGAGGAGCAACCUGGGGCCACUCUAUGUUUUUUCUGCUCCUCAGACUUGAUAAACUGGGGGAAGAGGUGACCUUUUGGCUUUGAGGGCUUUCCUUGGGCAGAACUGGAAGGAGAAGGCCCCUUGCUUCUCCAUUAGUAGAAUAAAUAGUAUUGUGUCUGGUAAUGGGAUUGGGAUGAUGUCAGCACUGAGGAUUUAACUGAAGAUUUAAAGCUGUUGGAAGAACAAGUUAGCAGCCAGUAUUUUUAAACAAUAGAAAUGGAAGGAAUCAUGUUUUGGCUACUUUUUAUGGCCUUUGUUUUUGUCAGGGAUAGAGCUGUAACUCUGUAAUGGGAACAUCACUGUGGCUAUAAGCUGAAGUCUGAUUAUUAUUGUACCAAUUUCACCCACAGUUCUUUAAAAUGGGCAUUGCCAUCUGCCUCAUUGAGAUGCAUGGUGCCACUAUACGAGAAGCCAAAGGCCGCACCUUUGAGCUCAUCACCCCAUUCAAAAUCUUCAGGUAAGACACAUUGGUGUUACAAAGUGGGCCAUCCACGUGGUGAAGAAUUGCAUGCUGGGUAGAACCAGCAUUAAGCACUGGCAAGGCUGAGCUCCUGCCAGACCAACAGCCCAGCAAGAUCCACUGCUCAUCCUAGAAGCUGGGCUAGUCUCUCAUUUCUACAUAGAGGUGCCUGGCAGUAGCAGAACAAAGAAGAGUGCAAGAGAGCUGUGCACCCCACUGCCUCCUCCAUGUAUACCUUCCAUUGAAAAAUGGAAGAUUGUCCCCAGAGAGCCCUGCAGCACCACAAGGCAUUGAGCAAUGACUCUUCCACGCUUCUUAGCCAUUGGAGCACAAGGAAGUCUUGCUCCAUCGCUGCUAGGUGCUCCACGCAUGAGAAAAUGGCAACUUGCCCCAUAGACAACAUUGCUAGGGCAUCUGGGCGAGCUUUCCUUCCUUGUGACACCUGGAAGGAGCACAGCAGCCAGCCUCAUGGGCUUCCCAGAGGGGGAGGUUUCCUGCCUCACUUCCUCCAAGGGCAUAUCCCUCUAGGAAUAGGAACUUGUUGCAGAAGCUCUCUUGGCAGGGGCCUCAGGCAAACACAAAGGUUUCCACUGAGAGCAAGGACACGUGGAAGGAAGGAUAAUAGCAGCAGUUUUCUUGUGCUCCAAGGAGCAUGAGGGCAUUGCUACUUUACUCUUUCCAGGAAAAAUGAGCUUGCUGCAAAGUUCCCUGCUAGUACCAGCUCCAUCAUGCUUCACUCCCUCCAUCAGAGCCCUGAAAAUGUUUGUGGUGGCUGGAGAUGGAGGCAUGAUGGAAGGUAGGCAAUCCUGUGUCCAAGAGCUCCCCCAAACCUGAUGCCAGCACCCCACCUGCUCAGGUAUCUGAAAAGGGCAGGGUUUUGUUCUCUCAGGACAUGGGGAGGGUUUGAGAGAAACUGCAGAGGGACUGCAGUUUAUUUAAUGUCAUCCUUGGCUGUGUCUGGAGCAGAAGAAGCAGCCCAUUUGGGCUCUGGGUGUUGCAAGCAGAAUGUUUGUGGCACUGCAGAGUAUUUUCUGGGAAGACAGAACCUGCAGUGUUAGAUCUGUGUUCCCUUAGUUUUGGAGCAGAGUCUGAGCGAGAGAAGAAGGAGUGGAUGGAGGCCCUGCAGAACUCCAUUGCUGAGACACUCUAUGACUAUGAGGUGGCUGAGAAGAUCUGGUCCAACAAAGCCAACAGGUUCUGUGCCGAUUGUCGCACCUUGAGCCCGGACUGGGCUUCCGUCAACUUGUGUGUGGUGAUCUGCAAGCAGUGUGCAGGCAAGUGGAUCUGUGUGUUGUUGUGACCUUCCCCUCUGUAAGAUGGUGUGGAUGAGAGAGUGGAUGAGGAUGUCUUCGUUAUGAGGAUAUGCAGGAGGAGAGAUGGAGGAGAAGGCCGCUCCAUACCUUUGGUGGCAGGCUGGGACUAGGCAUUCUGGAACGGGAAGCAGUACCAAAAUGUGAGUCCCACAACCUAAGCUACAACAGAUUUAGUGUCUCUGACAGUGUGACUGAGGCCAGAGCAGCUUCCAAUCACCCACUCAACCAAGUUUUAAGUGCUUUAUACUGAAGCUAAUGAGCAGCUCUGCCUGAGGCUGGAGCUCAAGAGCUUCUCUCACGGCCUCGCAUGCAGAUGCGGCUACUUUGGACUUGGAUGUGAGACUGGCCCUCUGUGCCACCUGCAGCUGCAUCGCAUGUGUGUCAUAUGAAGUUUAUGCUUUUAUAGCCUCCCUGCUUCCACAGGUCAACACCGGAGCCUGGGCUCGAGCAUUUCAAAGGUGCAGAGUCUGAAGCUGGACACAAGCAUCUGGAGCAAUGAGAUGGUUCAGGUAAUAAGCCUUUCCUUGAGGGUCCAGAAACUGGAAAAAAAUAAUAAUGGUAGGGACUAGGUAAAGGGUAAAAGGACCCCUGACCAUUAGGUCCAGUCUCGGACGACUCUGGGAUUGCGGCGCUCAUCUCACUUUAUUGGCUGAGGGAGCCGGCGUACAGCUUCCGGGUAAGGUGACCAGCAUGACUAAGCCGCUUCUAGCGAACCAGAGCAGUGCACAGAAACGCCGUUUACCUUCCCACAGGAGUGGUCCCUAUUUAUCUGCUUGCACUUUGACGUGCUUUCAAACUGCUAGGUUGGCAGGAGCUGGGACUUAGCAACGGGAGCUCACCCUGUCGCGGGGAUUCGAACCACCGACCUUCUGAUCGGCAAGCCCUAGGCUCAGUGCUUUAACCCACAGCGCCACCCGCUAGUAGGGAUCUACAGAUCUAGAAGGGGCUAGAUCUGUAAAAAUGCAGAGCACAGUUGUGGAAAGGAAGGAUGGACAGAUCUAGUAUUAACUUGAGAUUCUUGACUAGCUUAAGGUGCUCUUCUUCUUUGACCCCCUCUGGGGAUCUGGAGUGUGCUCUUCCUCCAAGCUGAAUGUCACCCCAACCCUCUUUCUUAAAGCUAUUCAUCAUGUUGGGGAACGAGCAAGUGAACAGGUUUUGGGCAGCGCACCUCCCACCUUCUGAGGCCUUGCACCCCGAGGCCAGUGCUGAGCAGAGGCGAGAAUUCAUCACUCGCAAGUACCGCUAUGGGCGCUACCGCAUGCCACACCCACAGUACAGCAGUCAGGAAAAUAUUUUGCAGGUAAGGCCAUGAUGUAAGUUGUUAUGUAUUUGGAAACCCAUCCUGAGGAUACGAUGGAGCUAUGAAGGGGCUGCAAUUCCCACAUGUGAAUUUCAGUGCACUGCCCCACACAGGCAGGAGGUGGGAAGCCAUUACUGUUAUCCGGAGGGCUGUUGAGCUGCCUUUCCCAGAGAUUCAGACUGCAGCAUCUGAAGCUGCUGUAGCAAGUUGGCUACCUGGAGCAGCUCCACUGACUACUUUUAUUUUCUCAGGCUCUGUGUGUGGCUGUGUCUGGGCCUGGACUUCUGAAGAAAAUGUUGCAGUUCUUUGCAACCACCAAGGAAACUGAGGCAGGAGGUUGCGGGUUUGUUUCUAAAGCCAAGCCCUGGGGCAACAAUGGGCAGGACCAGCAAGGCAACUGCGCAGGUAACCUCAGACAUGUCUCUCUGUGUGUGUGUUUAUGCAAGAGGAUAAGCAUUUUAUCCAUUUAAUCGCAUCACAUCUUUCCCAGCGGACACUCCUAAAUUUUGUUGCUAUGUACUUGUUUCUUGGUAUCAGCUCAUAAAAAGUCCAGUAAGUGUGUUUAAUUUUACCAUCACAACCUUCUACAAAAACAUCAGUUUCCUUUUUCCAAAACUACUCCUUGGAAUUUGAAGCAAACAACAGGAGCAUGAAAGCUGGUUUUGAGCAAAGACAAGCUAUUAUUUUUAAAUGAAAUUAUUUGUACAGAAGGUUUCACGUUUGUCAGCUAUUGAACUUCCACUCAGUUCUACAGAACGUGAUCUUUGCACUUCCUACUUGCCUGCCUCAUUCACAGAAUAUUCUGUAGAUGUGUGUUCGGUGACAAUGUAUGGGCAUUCCUCAAACAGGAUACACAAAUGAAUUUUGUGCAUUUGAUAGGCAAUGUCAGUGUGGAGGAAUUGAGCUCAGAAGGAGUCUACAAUGAGAUUACACAACCUGUGGUACACCAAGGCUACUUGUACAAGGCCCCAGUUGUGACAAAAAUGGCUGCCACCAAGAAGAGCAGAGAGGGUAAGUGUGAGGAAAGGGUAGGCCCCACAACCUGUGGGUCAAAUGAAGGCCUUUGGCCAAUGCUCUCUCUCUCUCUCAUGUAGACUUUCAGAGAGUCUGGUGCUCACUGGAGAAGUUUUUCCUCUUCUAUGAGACUGACAGGAGCUCCGAGCCCGUGGGGAAGAUAGAAAUGGCGGAUGUGAUUUCACUGGGUGUGAACAGAACAGAUGGGGUGGUUAGUCCUAUUUCCUCAGAAAGGUAUGUGAGAAUAUGACAUAUUCAGCUCUUGUCCCCUUCCCUCUGAAAGCUGUCCCUAAAAUGAAUCAUGACAGAAGUCAGGUCACAUCUGUGUGGUGUGUUGCUAGUGGUGAUGCCACACAGUUGCUCUCCCUGGCAGCCACCGGAUGUUUCAUGCUACUUCUUGUCAUUCAUGUGCUACCAGAGCCGUCGUUCCCAUUGGUCUUAGUGGUUCAUUGCGCCAGGGUGCCGGCCUCUCAGGGGUGCCCUAGCGAGUGGGGGAGCUGUGUGGCUUUGCUGGCAGCCUCCCCUUUACCUGCACACCCGCCAGCUGCGCCCCGCCAACUAUAUGGCUGGCAGACGUGCAACUUCCUUCCCAAGCCUCCACAGGAGGAGAGCUCCCUGCAGAGGCUUAGGGUGGAAGCUGCCCUCCCAAGCCUCUGCACCUGUAAAGAUGGCCCUGCUCCCGGUCGUCAUUUUCCUCCUGCUUCCUGGCGAAAGGCAGCGCACAGCCUUCCCGGGCUGCCUUUUUGGGUGCCCCGACACUGGAGAGCAUGUCCGCCAGCAUAUUUUCCUGCUUGAUCGCCGCCGCCACACAGGGGAUCGGGGCGGUGGGGGAGGCAGGGGACAUUUUCCACCGCCCUCUCCCUUGUUUUGGAGUUGGGGGGGGCACUGGAGGGAUCUGCACCACGUCACUGGAUAUGCUUAAGACAGCCCUGUGUGCUACUGUUGGUUUUCACAGUGCUUUGCCCUCUUCCUAGUGGCUGCUCUUGCAGUAACUACAAUGAAAUGAGUUACUAUCAUUCAUGUCUCAGAUGUAUAUGGCCAAAUAAUUACUCCAUAUGUCAGAGGAAACCAUGUACAACAUUUGUACAGCACUGGAAUCAUUUAAACCUACCCCUCACAGAGACUCCUGUAGAAGUUAAAAAGCAUCUAAUGUAACCUCCUUACUGAAGAAAAUACACAGGAGAGGGUUACCAAAAAAAACCCACCACUCCCUUAAAUAGACUUAACUAUUCAUUGCAGAGAAUGCGGAAGGGGGCAUUUUAAACAUGGCAACAGUUGGUAUCUCUCUUUUAAAUAUGAAAGAAAUAUUGGUGUCUAACCCAAUGCUUUCAAGUGAGAUCAUGGGAAAGAAAAGAAAUGUCAAAAAGCAGUACACCUGCCUGAUAUCUUGUUUUACCAGGGCAAGGAGUUUGCAGGGAAAGCAGUAGCAGAGUGGCUUAUUUAAGAAAAGUUACAUCGCAUAAAGACCCAUCUGGUAAGGUCACAUAAAGUAUCAGAAAGUGAGGACAAGUCAAGGAAAGUCAGAUUCAGAAGACUGUAGCUUGGCAGGACAGCCUCCCAUGAGCUCUGCUGGCCGUCCCUGUCACUCACCUCUUCUGGGAUGAAGUUGCUUCAGCAAAUAUCUAAAACCUUACAGAGGUUGGCAGUGCCUCUUCUGCUGUUCCCUCCCCCCCCAAAAAAAAAAAUCUGGCUGUGCUCUUUGGAGGGCCUUGGUCCAGUUCUGUCACUACUUGUUUCUGUGAGGUGAAUGAGAAGGAGCCACUACUGGGAACUGGCCCUCGGAGUCUGAGGAAGGCAGAAUCACACCAGUUUCCUCCUUGCGUGAGCAGUUGUGACUCUUUCUCAUGUGAGGCAUGUCUGAGGUGUGGCCGAGCACUAACCUCCUGCAAGAUGGAGGAGAUCCAGGACUUCAUUUCUCAAAAUUUCUGUCUUAUUCCUUUAAAAAGUUCCUAAAUGGGAUUGAGGCCACGAUGCUCUGGGACAGGAGUUCAAACUUCUGUCUGCACCGUUUUCCCAAUCUAAAUUGUCCUCGAAACUGCUAUUUUCCUUGCUGGGGAGAAUCAUAGAAUUGUAACGUUGGAAGGGAACUUGAGGGUCAUCUACUCCAACCCCCCUGCAAGGCAGGAAUCUCAGCUAAAGCACCCAUGGCAGAUGGCCAUCCAACGUCUGCUCAAAAACCUCCAAUGAAGGAGAGUCCAAUGCAUCCCCACUAGCAGUUCUGUGAGGCUGGGGAAGAAUUUGUGUUGGGGAAACGACCAGAGGCGAAAGCACUAAGACGUCUCUAUUUUAGCACAGAAUCAUAGAACUGUAGAGCUGGAAGGCACCACAAGGAUCAUCUAGUCCAACCCCUGCAAUGCAGGAAUCUUUUGCCCAACAUGGGGCUCGAACCCAUGACCCACGAUUCUGAGAUAUUAAGAGCUUCAUGAUCUAAGCUAUCCCAUGCUUUAUGGCCUUGUUUCUUGCCUGUUCUGGCUCUGAGUAAAAGUGUAGGAAUUGCUUCCCCAGACAGCCAUUCUCUAUGACACUAUCAUUUGCUUCAAACAGGUUCCACUUCACACUGGAACUGUAUCUGAACAGUGAGCGAGUGCAGCAGCUGGGGACUGAUGGGCCAGACAGUUUGCAGUCCUGGGCCAGUGCCCUUGCCAAGGUAAUGGUGUGGAGCAGUAGCAUCCCAUGAAAAGUGUCAAAACACUGGAUUAUUCAUGCACCUCCGAAGCACAGCCACCACCUUCUCCUAACACAGCCAGUCAAACUUCCUUCAUUAGGGCACUCUAAGCCCAGGUCCAGAAUGUGGUCUCUCUUUUGUCUACCUUUGUCCCAUUUAUUGUUGUUGUUGCCGUCAUUCUUUAUUUCAGUAUUAGUCACUUGGCACUUAGGAGUCCCGAAGUGUCUCACACAGUUUUAAAAGCAUAAAGCAUGGCAUUGGAGAAAGGAACAAUUGCUAUGUGGUAGAUUCCUCUGCUCUGGUUUCAUGCCAGACUCAUCUGCACACAGCCCUGUGCCCCAUCCGUCUUCCAGUGAGGCUGUAUCCUUCUGACCUGACCAUAUACCAUUCCUGUCCUCAAAGAGGAGGUUGAUGGGCCAAUAUCCAGCUUGCAUGCUCUGGCCAACCUUUACAGGGCCUGUGCAUUAUCCUUUUGGCUUGCCUCUCCAGGUCUGCUUUCUUAUUCCUUUGCAGUGGUUCACUCCUCUCAGCUGCCACUGCCUGCUGGGCUACGAGUUCCAGAAGGUGGGCAGACUCUGCUACAAGUCAAUGUUGAAUCCUAAUCAGUGGCUGCAAGGUUUCUUCAUCCUCCAGAAAUCUCAUCUCUUCAUCUGCCCAGGAGAAGAGGGGGCGGCUGAGGACAGCAUCAACCUGCGGCAGCUUCAGGAGCUCAGUGAGUAGUCCCUGCCCUAAGAAACGAGAGAGCAGCCCCCAACUUUCAGAGCAGCCCAGAUGCCAACACUAGCCUUCGGAUGUUAUAAAUUUAUUGCUUUUAGUUUUUCUGGCAUGGAAUGGAAGCCUCAUUCAGGCUUAGCUGAAGGCAUAGGGCUGCACCCUUCUGCAUGGAGCUCUUCUCUGAUUUCCCUAUCCACUGCUUUUUCUCCCCUUGUAGGUGUUGUUCCCCUUGCUGAUGAUCCAGAGAAGAAAGAGAUGCUGAUCCUGGUGGAGAUGGGGCGGUGAGAUGUGUGAGGAGGAAGGGCCCUCAGAUAGCUCAACAGAGCAAAACCCAGCUUUCCUUGGGAAGAUGUGGUUAGCAGCAGCAGGGACUGGCUGACAGAAACAAGAAAAGAGCAUGUUAGGAGUUGGGCCUGCCUUGAAAGGCAGAGUCAGUCUGCAGCAUUCUCUUCCCCUUCAGCAGCUUCCUGGUGGAGAAAGCCAACUGGCUGCAUUCUAGAUGCAGAGUGUGCCCUUCUCCCUUCAACCCACCCUCAGGGGUUGUUAUCCUGUCUGCAGGUAGACCUUCCAGUGCUACAGAGUGAUUAGAAGAGCUGACAGCAGCAAGACAAUCCAGAGUUUUGCCUUGGUUUUGCCCACCUUGCUUGGCUCCUAUUUCAGAGCCAAUGAGGUGGAAGAUAGCUUGCAAAACCUCCACAGGCAAGGAAGUGCCUAAAAACUACUGAUUCUGGAGCAAAUGUCACCAGUAACUGGUGUCGUCAGUAAGUGAUGACAUGACACUUCUUGGGGAAGAAGCAGGCCCUGAGCUAUGAGUCCUCACUUUCAUCUUCCUCCUGCUCUUCCUACAAAUCCACCACUCCUACAAAAUGGAGAUAGCUGACAGUCGCUGCUGAUCCAGCAGCAGUUCCAGUCCAGUUCAAGCUACACCUGAGCAGGGAGUGGUUCAAACACCUUCAUAAGGUCAGGUAGAAGGCCUGUGGUCCCUUGUAUUGCCUGAGGGCUUUCCAGGCAUGGCCUGCACUUUAAAGUUCCAUGUCCAAGUACCCCUCCUUUUUUUGCACAGAAGUAGUUUCCCUGUGAAAACCCGCUCUUUAAAGCUGGAGCAAACAGCAAUCUGCAGAAAACUCAAAUUGACAUCCACUCCGAUUCAGCUUUAAAGAGCGGGUUUUUGCAAGGAAAGCUCAGCCCCCCCCCCCAAAAAAAAAACCCAUGCUCGGACAUGGAGCAUUAAAUUGCAUGACCUGUGCCUGGAAAGAGCAGGGUGAAAGGUAAGUGUGUCCCCAGAGUUCCUGACAACUGAUACAGAGCUCACUGCCUUGGCUGUCCCCACCUCAGCAUCCAUGCCUGGGAAUAGCUUUGCCCUUUUCCCUGUUAUUCUGCCAGUUUCCCUGCAUCCAGCAAGCAGAGAGGAGCAAGAUAUAGGAUAUGUCUGGUUUUAAAACAACUAUACUCUGCGCCAAAAAGAAGAGUCAGUGGCAAGCAGGGGAGUGGGGAGGAAACAGUGUUAAAUUAUUGUGCUGAAGAGGACAGUAUUAAAGGAGUGUUAGUAAUAAGGGGGUGGGAGUAAUAUCCAGAAAAUAGAGGGUUGUGAUGGAACCAAUGAAUUAGGCUUGAGUGUGGCAGGGGGAUGGGUAUGUAGUUCUGAGAACAGUGGACUUGAAGGAAGAAAACCCCAAGUAAGAAAGAGUGGCAUCGUGCUGGACAUGGAGAGCACUAUUGCACUCAUGUCCUGCCUGUGGACUUCCUUAGAGGCAUCUGGUUGGCUGCUGCGAGAGCAGGAUGCCGGACUGAAAUGGGCCUUUAGUCUGGUCCAGGAGGGCUCUUCUUGCACUCCUAGGUCUGGCCCAAACUCUAAGUGCCACCCUCCUUGCCUACCAGUCGCACUCAUUCUGUGUUCUGUUUUAGGACAUUCUGUCUUCAAGGAGCAUCACGGCUGGACUUCUCCACAUGGUGUGCAGCUAUUCAGGCUUCAGCAGGGGGGCAAGGGAAUGCUCUGCGUGACCAGCAGCUCAGCAGGAGUGGCAUCCCCAUCAUCGUGAACAGCUGCAUUGCCUUCAUCACCCAGUAUGGUGAGUCCCUCAGGGGCUCUUCCCAUCGGCCAAAAGUCAAUAUUCUACUGGGAGCCAACGCAUCAGUGGCCGCCCACCACCAAAAACAACAUGGGGAAUUUUACCUGAAAAUGAUUGAAGGGAGGAGUGAAAGGGUCAUAUAGUCUUCAUUAUCUUCUCUUUGCUGGUCUUCUACUCAAUAUUGCAGCAUCUGUGGCUGCUUUGCGUAAAAGAAAACUGAGCAUUGUGUGUAAUGUGAGUCCCACUCUUGCACAAUGCAUAUAAAUCAGUUGCAACUUUUCCUUCCCAUUUCCUGCCUGGGAUCUCCUUGCUGAUUUUUCAUAUAACAACUGCAAAGACACAGCCCUUAGGUGCCAUUUUUUUCACUGGACUACCUUUCUCUCAUUUCCCCUUGUCCUCCAUCAGGGCUACAGCAUGAAGGCAUUUAUCGGAAGAAUGGAGCUAAGUCUCGAAUCAAGACUUUGAUGGAGGAGUUCCGACGGGAUGCUCGAAACGUGAAACUGCGCAUCAGUGACAAUUUCAUUGAGGAUGUGACAGACGUGCUGAAGAGGUUUUUCCGGGAGCUGGAGGAUCCUGUUUUUACCACAUACCUGCACCCUCAGUGGAAGGAGGCGGCAGGUACCAGCCUUCCUGUGCUGCUAUUCCUUUAUACGCCAGCCAGCAGCUGAAGCCUCCUUUCACUCCUUAGAUACCAACUGCAGUGGGACAACUUUUGGAGUUACAUACAAAAAGCUUUGCUCACUGCAGGGAUACAUUCGAGCCACAAAAGAAGUUGUCUUCCAGUGCCAUAUCCCGUGAAUUCUAUGAUGUUAAGAAAAACAAAACUGAGAGUCUGCCUACAUGUGACCCUAACAAACUGAUGUGCUUUUAAAAAUUAAAUGCCAACUUUUUCAGGGCAUGGGGGUGUCAAGAUUGUAACAUGCAGAGAGGAGAGAAGGGGAGCUUUAAGUCUCUGCCCCUGGCUGCAGUCUCCAUGAAAUUCACCUCUUACACACACAGAGAGAGAGCAAGAAAGCUUAGGGGGAAAGCUUCAUUUGGUUCUAAAGGGAACUUUCCCCCUAAUGCUACUUGCCAUGCUGGGCAGGUGGCUUUCACAGAGAUUGUGGCUACAGCUGGAAACCUUUCCUCCCUGCAUGCUGUGAUCUGGAUAACAAUCCCCACACAACAGAAUUGCUAAUCCCGUUGUUAAUAUCACCGGCAGUUGGUCUUGUCACUCAAGAAAGCCAGUGCCAAUCAAAAUAGUUGAUACUGAACUAGAUUGGCCAAAUAGACAACCUGAUUUGGAAAAUAGAGUAAACUUAAAAAAAAAAAAAAUCACAGCCAAGCAUUCCUUAUACCAGGUUGCUCAGGAAGACAAGCUCUGUUGCAUACUAAAGAUCUCCCCAAUUGCCAGAAAAGGCUCCCUUCUUUUUUGGUGUUCUUCUUGCUUGUAUACAGCCCAGUAUCUAUUGAUAUAAUUAAAGCAGAAGAAUGUAUAAAAAACCAUCUGAAGCAGCACAUGUUGACCUGGGAGGCCAGGGUUCAAAUCUCCACUCAGCCAUGAAGUUUUCUGCCUCUGUGGCUAAUCUGCCUCUUAGGGAUGUUUGGAGGAUAAAACAGGGAGGGAUAGAACCACAUAUGCUUUUUGGAGGGAAGGUGGGAUAUCAAUGUAAGUAAAGUAAUAAAACAGAACAUAAUAUAAUAUUUAGAGUGUAUGUUUACCAAAGUUUAAUUCUAUGCUGCUUCCUUUCAGCAAUCUCCCAAAAGUCCCAAAGAUUGGAGCGAUACAAGGAGCUGAUAAGCCGCUUGCCCCGCCUCAAUGGCCGGACCCUGGCUGCUCUGAUUGGCCACCUGUACCGGUCAGUCUACACUCGCCCUCAGUGGCCUCUGCAAAAAAUAUCACUCUUUGCUUCCCAGAGCUCCUGUGGAAGGUGUUCUGUUUAGAACAGAAAACACCUUUCAGACCCUGGAUUUAAAAUCAGGGAAAUGGUGCCAGGAAGGAUUAAGUCCCCCUCCUGUAGUUCCACAGUCCCCGUCUAAAUUCCUUCCCCCUUCACCACUCUGGUUGCUUUUAAGUCCUAAGAAAAGAUGGCACACCUGGAUGACACAACGCACAAUGGUGAUGUGCAUGAGGAGAGAUCAGAGGCCGCUAGGGUUUCCCUGGCUGGAAGAGUGGCGGACAUGGAAACUCUUUCUAGUUGAGUUCCCUCUUCCAGAGUUAGCAAACCAAUCCUGUGCACAGUUCUUCUGCAGGCUGCUCUUCUUUGACAGCCCAGCUUCUACUUACCAACUUCAGUGAAUGCUGUGCUGUGGCAUUGGUCUGUUGAUAUCAGGACACGGAGAACCACCUAAAAGUUGCUUAACAAAAUCCAUGCAGUUCUUCCCACUCUCCCUUCCAACAUACUCAUUCAGUCCAUAAUGGGGUGGGGGGAAUGUGCAUGGACUGAAAAAUACCCCCCCAAAAAAUAUGUUUGUGUCCUAUCAAGCAGUUAACCUUUUGAGUAACAUCCCCUUCUUCCUCCACCCGUUUGACUCACAUGUUGGAAGUGGAGAAAUUGAGAAAGUUAUGCUCCAUUUCAUACUGCUCUCCAGACUUCAAGGAAGAUGUUGGGAGAGAUGGGAAAGCGUCAAAGUAAAGAAGAUACUGCAUGCAGCCUUCUGAUCCACUUGUGGAGGAAGGACAUCAGAGAUAUAGGAGAUAGAAGGGAAGCAGCAGAGGGGGCCACGUCUGCACAUGGGGCAGAUUGGUGGAUAUAUGCAAACAUGGCUACCAGAAUGCCCCUUGCUUGGAAGAGUGCCAGCCAUGGAAGCGCCUCCGCUCACUCCUGCAGGUACUCACAGCCUUCUCUCAUUUGAUAUCGCAGGGUUCAGAAAUGUGCUGACCUCAACCAGAUGACCACCAAAAACCUAGCUCUGCUCUUUGCACCCAGCCUCUUUCAAACGGAUGGAACAGGGGAACAUGAAGUCAAGGUGAUGGAGGAACUGAUUGACAACUAUGUUCCUAUCUUCAAUGUGAGUCGCCUGCCUCUUCACCCAACUGCUCUCCCUGUUACUUCACAGUAGGCCUUUGCCUUUUUUGCAUCCAUGCUAACUGCAUUGCUUCUCCUGCCCUGUAGAUAGAGGAAGACCAGGUGUUGCAGAUGGACCUGGAGAACAGUUUGAUUACUACCUGGAGAGAUGUCCAGGUAUUGCAGUUUCGCUUGCCCAUCCUUUUGGCAUGUUGCCCAGCAGAUAUGUAGGCAACCACAGCAACCCAAGAGACAUUAUGCGAGGGCUUGGAUCCAUGAGGAUUCAUGAAGGCUCCUGAUUCUGUGUGUUUAGCAUCCCCUCCAGACAAAUCUUCACUGUAGCCUAGUAAAAAUAAUACUUAAUGUUUGUGGGUGGUCUGAAAUGCUGAACAUUAAGAUCUUGUCACAGAAAAGUCCCACAUGCUCACACAACAACCCACACGCAUUGGCUGUACCACCAGAAGGGUCUCCUCCACAGACUCUGCAGAUCUUGGGAAAGGUACUCCUUCAGGUAUUUAGGCCCCAAGUCAUUUAGGGAAUUCUAGUCCAAAGUUUACACCUUAAAUUGGGCAAGGUAGCAAACCAGCAGCCAGUGCAAUUUCUGCAGGACUUGUGUUGCGUGGUUAGCUCUGGGUGUACCUCUCAGAACCCUCACAUCUGCAUUCUGCACUAUCUUCAAGGGUAUCCCUUUAGAAUCAUAGAAUCAUAGAGUUGGAAUAGACCACAAGGGCCAUCGAGUCCAACCCCCUGCCAAGCAAGUAGCCUAAACAGAUUUAUCCCCUCACCUUACUCCCUACAGCUCUCACAGGCUGGUGAUAUCAUCCUUGAGGUUUACCUAGAGCAGAAGAACCCUGACUGCUGUGUCACACUUAAGGUGAGCAACAGUCCUCUCAACAGCCACUGUCCCUUGGUGUCAUUGGGUAAUAUGGGGCUCAGGUCACUGGCUUUUUUCACAGAGGUGGAGAGAUCAGCCCAUGAAAGGCUGCUUGUGUGAGGCAAUCCACUGGAGUGGCCAGAACCACGGAGCUGCCCCUGGGCAGGAUGGAGGGGCUCUCAGCUCUAACAGAGACAUAGAAAUGCCCUUGUACUUCAUGGCCAAUUUCCAACUCUAUGCUGAAAUGCAUUAACUGAUUGCAAGAUUUGUGUAUAAUGUUCUAAUGUCAGACUCUGCACCUUUACUUGACCACAUGCUGACAUUCCUGCCUCUUGGUUGGCUGACUGAAUUGUGCUUGCUCAUCACCUCGCAGGUGUCUCCCGUAAUGAGAGCAGAAGAGCUGUCCAAUCAGGUGCUGGAGAUGCGAAAUGUGGCACCCAGCCUGGACAUCUGGCUUACCUUUGAAGUCUUAGAGAAUGGGGAACUAGGUAAGCAGAUGAUACCUUUCUAUUAGGUCUGUGUGCCAGGAGAGCUGUAGAGGUUUUUCAGAGUUUCACAGAUGUGUCCAAGACAUUCUUUUAUUUGUUUAUUAAAAUAAUUACAUUAAAAAGGCCCACCACUUGCUUAACAAUAAAUACAUUAAAAUACAGCUUUAGAAUAUGUUCCUAGGGUUUUCAUGCCACACACAUGAAACUUGCACAAAAUCCUUGACCCUCUGGUAACAAUCAUUUUUGUGAAUGCUCUUCCCGCUCCCUGAAUCUGGUCUCUGGACAUGCAUUGGACUCUUUCUGGCCCUUGUUUUUCAGAGCGCCCCCUGCAUCCCAAGGAGAAGGUCUUGGAGCAGGCCCUGCAGUGGUGUAAGUUGACCAAACCCAGCUCUGCUUAUUUGCUGGUGAAGAAGGUUCCCAUUAGGGAAGGCAGCUGCCUCUUCACAGGUGAGUGAGCAUGCCCUUCUCACUUAGCCCAGCUUGUUGGUGCCCUGGAAACAAGCAAGUCAGCCCCUGCUCACUUUUGCAAUAUAGCGCUAGAGUCUGGGGCUCUUAGCCAGGGUAGCAGGACUGAGAAAUUCUACUUGAAAUUCUGCAGAGUUGUGGCCAAUCAGAGACAAAAAAUGCUGGUCUCAAGGGGUCAGAUAUUUGUACAAAGUUAUUUUAUGGAGGGACUGUAGCUCCGAAGUAGAGCAUAUGCUUUUCACCCAGAGUCCCCAGGUUCAAUCCUCACUUUCUCCAGUUAAAGGAUCUCAGGUAGCAAAUGAUGAGUACGAUCACUGUGCAAGACCCUGGAGAGUUUCUGCCGGUCAAAGUGGAGCACUGUGCUUGGUGGGCCACUGGUUUGACUCAGUGUAAGGCUGCUUCGUUCAGAUUCAUCACAGAAUCUCAAAGCUGAAAGGAGCCACGACUUGUCUGUUAUUUGGCCUCUGAGUGCUGGCUCCAUAAUUCCACCGCCCUGAACAUUGUUAGGCAGCAGUGCCUUGCUGAGUGUAAACCUCUCCGCCAAUGUUCCCAUUUCCUUGCAGGUGCUAAACGCGAGAGCCCCAAAUGUGGUCUGCUGAAGUGCCGUGAGGAGUUGCCCAAACUCCUGGGCAACAAGUUUCAGGAGCGCUACUUUGUCAUCAGGGACCGCAAGUUGCUUUUACUGAAAGAGAAACGGGUAUAGCAACCCAACUAAUACAUUUGUUUAUUUUAAAAUGUCACAUCCUGCUUUAGCUUGUAAAAAGCAGCCCAAUACAACUUCCAAAAAACAACCAUUAAAGCAAACCAGCAAUAAUCGCUCUUAAGGUUUGGUUGUAAGUUGCUUUGUUACCAACAGAUUUAAUAACAAUUGAGGGCUACUGGUUUUUUGGCUGCCAUUAUCUUGGUAUACCAAGUUUCAGAGCUUGGUACCAUCUCAAUAGCUAAAAAGCACCAUGUAUUUCACAAGGACUAAAUGAUCCUCUGUGCUAAUCCUUCCUUCAUCCCAAAGGUAGACUCUCGUUAUUACAGAUUUCAAGGAGUGGUCCUUCCAUCCUUUUGCCCCAGACCACAAAACUGUAGGAUACCCAUAGGGCCCUGAAGAUCUCUUUUAGUAGAAGAGAGUCCCUUUGUCCCUCCAACUUCCUUUUUGUCUCUUUCCAUCCAACCUCUCUCAAAAAGGCAGCAUCUCCCCCUUCCAUUGCCCAGUUAAUCAACCCCAAAUAGCAGAUAAGAGUUCUGCCCUUUCUUUAUAUUUUGGGAAAGCUAAUAAUGCCUUAUGCCUUUGGAAUGAUGAUUGCACCUUCCGGUUCUCUAUCCUCAGAGUGCUAAGCCAGAGCGGGAAUGGAUGCUAGACGUGGCCAAGGUUUACAUGGGGAUUCGAAAAAAGCUGAAGCCCCCUUCACAGUAAGUGACUAUGGGAUCCCAUUGAAUUUACAGUAGUGGGGUUGUGGGGGAGACGCCUGGCCUGCAGGCCAGACUUGAACCACCAGACCUCCUUGUCUGGCCUAUGAGGCCAUUUUGGCCAGCAGUUGCACUUGUUGUCCUAUAUGACAUGGGAGCUUGGGAAGCGCUGCCCCCUUUGAACUUUGACAGGCGUCAGUCGCCUGAUGUAAUUAUGACAUCAGAUGAAUGACAGCAGGGGAUUAUCUCACUCUGUAUCCAUCUCUGCUACAGGUGGGGUUUCACUCUGGUUCUAGAAAAGCAGCAACUGUGAGUAUCCUUUCUAUGUUGCUUUGUUCUUUCAGUGUGAGAUGAGCUAUUCCUCCCGCUUUCCCUCCCUUCCUCCCUCUGCCCCAGGGCUUUUCUCAUCUCAAGCACUGCGUGGGACAGGGUGGAAAGAGCCUGUCAUAAUGGGACUGCCUCUGAUGCAUAAAUGUCCACAAAUGGUAUCCCACGUCCAUAUUAAAAUGGCAGGUGGUGUACCACCCACUUUCUUACAGGGUGCUGUUCAGCCUGAGAGUGCAGUUGCUCAGGGACGCACCAAAGAGCUGCUUCCAUCACUCGUGAGGGCAGUUCACUGGCUAAGACCAGCAGUUUCUGGCUACUGCUCACAGCUCCCAUGCCCAUCAGCCAGCGUUAGGGAAGAGGAGAAACAUGAAUUGAAGGAGGUGACGGUGUCCUGUUCACUGCCUUCUUUUGGAAUCUGUUGUAGCAAUAACUGGGCAAACUUGGAGAGAUUCAGGUGCAAGCCUUUCCCUCACACGUUCCAAGUGGGAAUUACAAAUCCUCCAAUCCUAAUCUCGGUGGCUGUGAGUUGCAGCAGCUGAAUGAAACUUCCAUAGUCAGAGACAGCAAAGCCCCUGAGAUUCUGGGGACAAAAGAACAGUGGGUGGUCCAUGCCCUAUCAUUGAACUUAGGAAGGCAUCUGUCUGGCCAUUGGUGGAAAUAGAAUGCAGGUCUUUGGUCCAAUCCAACAGGGCAGUUUUGAUGUUCUUUUGAGUCCUUUCCCUGGAUAAACUUCACCAGCCACCUUUAGCUGCUCCAGGGAAUGCACCAUUGCCUGUUGAGCUAGGGAGUAGGGUGGGACAAGUCACCAAUGUUGGCAGUAACAGGGAGUGUUUGUUCCACAGGUAUUUAGCAUGCAUGGGGCAAUCCGAUCUGUGGGACUGGACCACCAGCAUCCUGAAAGCCCAGGUGUGUAAGAAAAGCCCUCAGCCAGGAACAUGCAGUGUUCCCUUCAGUCCAAGUUAUACAUAGGGAAUUGCUUUCAAGUAGUUUGCUAAUGAAAUAUCUGACUGACCGUAACACUGAUGUGAUAGCUUUGUUCUGAUUUGUGAUGUCAUCUCCACAAAAGACGUUUCCUGGAUUGUUCAUCCUUUUAUCUAGCAACGACCUGCCCUUGUGGUGACAACACCCAAGAGAGUCUUACCUGAAAAUAUAUUCAGAUGGGAGAUCUGCCAUGGGUCACCCUCAGGAAAAAGCUCAACUAUUCCUUCUUCAGGUGAAACUCACCUGUUUUCACUCCAAGGACAAGUUGUUUCAGAUUUUCAGUGCAUUUGUUGGAGAAAAUGGUUAGAAUCCAAUAUUCUAACCAAUAUUCUGACAGGACUUCCCUCUCUCCUCCCGCCCCCAUGCAUACCUAGCACCCUCCCCAAAUUUGCUCCAGAGAUUUGGGGGAAGUUCUGAAACAGAUAUGAGGGGGCCACAGGGAGAAGAGAGGAGGGAAAGUCCCUUUGGGCAAGUGUGAAUCUUUCCACCAACAGAGUGGUAGGAGGAAGAGUCCUUCAAUCACAGCAACCCUAUAGCAAGUUUAAUUUAUGACAUGAGAGGGCCAGAAAAAGAAUGCUUCCCUUCUUUACUAUAUGGCUGCUUCUGUUUUGCAAAUGUGAAGGUGGGCAAGAAAAAUUGUGGCUCUUUCACCCAGCAAAGACAGGAUGCUUUCCUUUCCUACAAAGCACAGUGAAAUGGGGCGAAUUGUGUGUGUCUGUACCCACACUCUUUUGCAACAUAGCAAUAAUGUUGUUGAAAAGCCAGAAAAUUAAAAGGGAAAAGGAGAGGAUGAUGUUGCCCCUUUUCUAUUCUUUUUUUUUCAACCAUAGCCUUUUUAGUGUUGAGGGGGUACAUUGGCUGUGCUUCCUUUUACUAAAUAUUUUGCAGCCGCUGCCUCCUCCAGAUGCAACUCUUUCAUUACUAAUGUGAAGUUCCCUAAAGGGUUAAUGAUGAAACCCAGAUAGAAAUAAUCAGAAGUGCCAUAAAUAGUCCACUGCUUUAUAACAGGUUUUUGCUUUGUAGCCAUUUUCUGCCUGCAACGAUAAAAGGGAAAAUCUUUGAACUCCGUUCCAAAUAAAAAACCAUUAAUGGAGCUGCAAACUUUGCACGCUAAGCUUUCUACCAAACAUCAUCUUUGCCUCUGACAGCAGGUGCAUGUGUGAUUGUGGUGGGUGCUGGGCUUAUUGUGCAUUUUAAAUAUUCCACAUAAGUUAAUGCUGCAUUUCCAUGUCCUGUACGCAGACAGACUGCAUUUGUGACCAACUUAUGGUAGAAGACAUCACUCAUUCUCUGUUAGCCUGCCCCUUACAUAGAGACCCAAGAUAUCACUUUCUGAAACCUUUGUUCACACAAGCAACCAAGUACACCCCAGCAGAAAGGGUUUGGUUUCUUUUAAGUGACAAUAAUAGCUUUGUAACACAGAGAGUGGUCCUCUAUGCACUGGCUGCAAAAAAGAGAGGAAAAAGGAGAUAUGGCGAUUUUAUCUAAGUUGUUUUGGUGAUUCAGUGGUUUAAUAUGAAAUCAAGGUACAGUGGUACCUCGGGUUAAGAAAUUAAUUCAUUCUGGAGGUCCGUUCUUAACCUGAAACUGUUCUUAACCUGAGGUACCACUUUAGCUAAUGGGGCCUCCCGCUGUCGCCACACCACCACGGCACAAUUUCUGUUCUCAUCCUGAAGCAAAGUUCUUAACCCAAGGUACUAUUUCUGGGUUAGCGGAGUCUGUAACAUGAAGCGUCUGGAACCUGAAGCGUCUGUAAACUGAGGUACCACUGUAGAUUUAAGCGUGUUCGUGUCUCUGGUAUCUUCUCUCAUCAUGGAUGCCAGCUUAUAUUAUGGAUGUAUGUUCUGUAAUAUUUUAUUCAUACUAUUGCUGCAAGUUGGUCAUGACCUUUGGCUUGAACAAUAAACUUCUGAAAAUAAUAAUAAUAGUAGUAGUAGUAGUAGUAGUAGUAGUAGCCUGCCUCUUCUGAAGGAAGCAUGUUGGUUCAACAGGUAGUCACUGCUAGCGGUUAGUAUCUAUUACUAAGAACACACUUAUAGAAUAACAAAAAAAAUAUCCAUUGCAUCUUCUACUCAAAAGGGCAAAAUAACCUUGCAGGCCUGAAACAAGAGAUAUCAAAGGAUGGCUCUCUCCUAAAAUCAGUCUCAAAAUGUAGCAACUGGCCAGAUGAAAUGUGGAAGGGGCAGCCAUGUUUUGAUGUAUUUCUCCACAACUCAGCUCACUUCCAGUGUCAGACCUGGGCAGGGAGAAAGCAUCUGAAGCAGUGGCACAGAUUAAGGCAGGGCAUCAGCUGCCCUCAUGCACAUCUUUUGUUGUAUACAUUAGAGCCCCAUACCUAGGAGUAGGGAAUGUCUGACCCAACGACCAGACGCAUGCCCCCAUUGAAGCAUGUCAUGGGUGGCAUGACGUCAGUGAAUGUGUUGUGACUGGUAAUAUAAAGAAAUAGUUGUUGACUUCCCUUCCUUUAGCAUGACAGCAUCCGCCCGGUCAUCCUGCGUCGGCGCUCAUCUUCUGACCUAUCCAAGCAGAAGUUUGGCACCAUGCCCCUGAUCCCUCUACGGGGAGACAGCACCAAUCCCACCAUGCUCUCUGCUAACCAGACCCUGGUAAGGCUGCAUGACCUGGCUCCUGCUGAAGCCCUGCUCUUCCAUGAAACAAGAGCAAGCUGCAAAGCAUGAGCAGCUUUAAAAUCCCUGUGCUCAAAUGUAAAGCAUUUCCCUCUGCUGGUUGUAUGUCCUAAGAAGUGGUACAGUUCGUGCCAGAGCCCAGGAAGAGUAAUUGGUGGGUGACCUAUUUCUGUGUUUAGCCGCAGUUAUGGGAGAGUCACUUCCUCAUUACAAGAGGAAUUAAUUCCCACAUGAUGUCUGAACGUGCUUUAUUGAGAACACUGUCUUUGCUCAUGAGUGAACCUCCCCAGCCUCGUCCAUGAAGCCAGGGCCUCUAUCUUAGAAGAACAAUUGGCAAUGAAGCAACCAAUGUAUUGCUUCUAAAAAAGCUCUUCUCAGCCAAUAAAUCUGAUUUGGUGUUCACCUUCAGCAGAUCUCUUAACUGGAUGAGGAGCCACCAGCCCCUUCACCUUGUGGGCUGGAGGGCCUCCUCAUGACUUAUUCUUCUGGUGCCCUGGAUUGUAGGUGGAAAUUGCAUGCCCAGAAAGAGCAACAGCAGAACCUCUUGCUUUUUCUCCAAAGGAAAAACAGGAUGGUACAAAAAUAAAACCCAACAACCCCAACCUCUGGAUCUCUGCUAAGCUUUCCAAGUCAUAACCAAGACUGAUUAAUCUGCUCUUCCUUCUUGUCUGCUUGUGGUGUGAAUUGCAUCAUCUGACCACUUUUAUUCCUCUUGUUUGCAGCACCGCCUGCACACACGAAGGACAUUGUCCAUGUUUUUUGUAAGUACCUAUGCAUGUACAGUAUUACAUACUUAUCCUGUGUCCCUUACACUGUUAAUAGAGGGGGGAAAUGCAAAGCUUUCUCUCAGAGGUAGAUCUUGAACCCUUGUCUCACACAGAGCAGGGUGAACCCUCCCAGCUCUCACCUGGGAGCUUCCCUUUCUUUUUCUCCCAGCCUCCCAGCCUGGGAGACCUUCCCCUCUCUGCCUCUCGCACAGGGUCUUUCAUCAGCCAGCCAUCACCUUCCUGUGUGUACCCUCAUUAACCCAGAGAAGAGGACAUCAAACAAAAAACAAAGCAAAAGCAUAGUAGAUAAAAGAAAAAGAGAAAGAGCAAAAGCAGGAAGCAAACGAUAAUGAAAAAGAGGACCCCUCCAUUUCAUCAUCUGUUGCCUCCCGCUUUACUAUUCCACUCUCACGUUCUGGCAGACCUUGAUCGGUAUUUUCCUUCAAAGGUUCUGUGCAUUCUUUGGUUUGAUCUUCCUCUGAUCCAUUUUCAUUCACCGUUUUAUGCAUCUCAGCUCCAACCCAAGGAGGAAUCCGGGCCGUGGUGCUGCAGAAUGUCUGUGGAGUGGGCAAGUGCUCCCUCUUUCAAACCCGGUUGGAUCUGGGCCAUCCCAGAAUGGAGACUAGCCAAGCUGUCUCCCCUGAGCCUUUUCAGAAAACUUGAACAUUGCCCAUGCAUGCCAAACAAAGUGUGAGCCACUGACAAGCUUAGUUGCCUCUAGCCUCACCCAGGACUGCCGUCUGCUAUGGCAAGGAGAAGGAAGGGUGGCAGCCUGGGCCUUGACUUGUAGUUGAGGCCUAUUAGACACUCACACCUGCAGUGUCAGAGCCAAACCAGGGCAGGAGGCCAGACUUCUAGGAUUUGUGUGAGUGCACACAUAGUCCUGGGUAGCUUACUAGACUAGGCCUGAGCCUCAGGCAAUUAGGUUAUUGGUCCAAGCUGCAGAGACCUAAAAUUGCAGAACCAGGGCCAGCCCAACCUUGAGGCUGACUGAGGCAGCCACCUCAGUGGCAGAAUCCCAUGAGGCAGUGUCCCCAUGGGCGUCCCACCUGCUCCUGCUGCCACUACCACUGCAGAAGCAACAGUGGCUUCCGGUGAGAUUUCGCUGGAAACCACUGCACAACCCCAGUAAAUGAGGCUCAGCGGUGGUGGAGAUGGCACCUUCCUGUUUUGCCUCGGGCAGAAAAACAGGACAGGCAACCCCUGCUCAGAACAAUUGGGGAAUGUUUCUUUCUGCCUCGAGCCCAAGCAAUGGCAAAUCCAUUAAUGGCCUCCUUUUGCCUUGACUCCUCACAGCCAAUGAAAAUGCAUCAGGAUUCACUAGAGGAGCAGCAGGAGGCGGCUGAGUCUGAGCCUGUCUAUGAGGAGGUGGGAAACUUUGCCGACAUGGGCUUUCUGGAGCUCCAACAGUCCCUGCUGCCUCCUGUGGACCGAACCAAGAAGCCAGUUCCAUGCUCAGAGCAGGCAGUAUCCAGCUCACUGCCCCCGUGCCCAGCCCCCAGGACAUCUGGAAUCAACGUGGCAAAAGGAUGCUGCUUUGAGAGGACCCUCAGGCUGGAGGAGGGGAAGGACCUCCUCCCAGACAAGCUCCCAGGACACAGUGUGGCCCCAAGUGCGGCUGUAGAGAGAAUGACUGAGUUGCCUCAAGGGCCGCCUGCCCCAGACUGGGAACAGGGGCAGUCAAUAGAGGCACCUGCCUCCCCUCCAGAACUUCCAAUGGGAGAGGAGCCUCAAGCUGGUGCCCCCAGGAAGAAAAGCUUCCAGGCAGACUUGUCCAUCAGUGACAAACUCAUGCAGGAGCUGAGUUCUGCCAUCCUCCGGAAGAACGAGUGCCAGGCACCUGCCACAGUGGGGAAGCAGAACCCCCAGGAUGGGGCCCAGGCACAGCUGGAAGGGUCACGGGAUCUGAGGACUGAGAUCCCUUAAACUGGAACUAGGCUCACCGCAGUCCUGAGCAUGACAUGAGUCGCGGGAGGCUGCUGGUCUGCAUCACGUCUCUGCCUGCGAUGGGUAGAACCAAAUACCCUGCCUGGAAGCGUUGCAUUAAGAAAUCCUCUUCUCCUCUCGAACUAUUUUAUCCUUAGAGUUCCCAGCCACUUCUAGAGAGGAAGCGUGGUGGAAAGCAAGGUGGGGUGAUAUUUACUAAGGCAAGGGUGGUGCCCCCCUCAGCUCCAGCCCAUAUCCACGUGCAGAAUGUGGUGCUGCGUGCAGGAUUCAGGUUCCUGGGAACCUCAGCUUUCAUUUUUACAAGUUUCUAGCCCUCAUGCUAAGAAUAUACUCUUGCCUGCCUAUGUGCAAUGCCUGAAUGAAAUCAUAGAAGUCAAAUAGGUGGCUGAGUAUGUCCUGUGAUAAUCUGAACAUGUCACAGACUUCAGCUGUUCAUGGUGCAAAAUUUGGAUGGCGUGGCCAUAUAUUUCUGUUUAGACAGGCCUGCACAGGGAAUAAAUGUUCUUGAAAAGGUAAGGAAAUCCUGAGCAUUUCCAGCAAUAUUCAUACUGCCACUUGGAAUAAAUGAAUUUUGUACAACAGAGAGCAAGAGAGUUUGUUUAUGCUGAGUUAUCUGGAACAGAACUGAUUAAUGUGCACGGUAGAUAUGGGAGCCAAAGGUUUGUUCAUACCGUAUUGGAGACAAGUAAAUGAGCCACAACUGCUUGAAGACUGGUGAAGGGAAUGCAGUAAACCACUUCUGAGGUGGUGAUGGUGACUGGGUGAAACUCUGAGGAAAUGUCUCAAGACUACACACUUCACUCUUCUCAGUUGGACAUCUGAACUUCAUAGAAUCAUAGAAUUAGUCAUCUAGUCCAACCCCCUGCUAUGCAGGAAUCUCAGUUAAAGCAUCUAUAACAGAUGACCAUCCAAACUCUGCGUAGAAACCUCAAAUGAUUUGGAUCACUACUGGGACAUGUGCCAUUUUCCUGAUGAAAAUUCCCCUUCCCUUUUUGCCCUAGGCAGCAAAACAUGCAGCUACGCAUCUCUAGGUUUUGCCCUGUGGGACAAAAAGCAUCGUGGAAGUUUUUUAAAUCAGGAAAAUGCUGGGAGCUUUAAAUACCCACCCAUCCCUACUGCUAUAUUUUUUUUAGUUGUGGCUUUCCCAAUGGUAACAUCAAAUCUGACUCUCAGAUUCAUUUAUGAGCCAGGCAGCGAACUUGAAAUCAUUGGAAUCAAAUCUAAAUAUUUAUGAAAGUGAAGCAAAAAACAGAGCCAGCUAUUAAUCUCUGUUCAAUAAACAAUUUAAUUCCCAAUAUAUUAUAAAGUAGGAAAGAAGUGUAUUAAGGGAAGUAACAGGGUAAUUUGAGAGAGGACAAAGUUUGAAAGAAACACACAUGGGCUACAUAUAGCAAGUGUUAAAAAAUAACAUUACAUUUAGUUUAUAUUCAACACGUCCUUUCCAACAUUCAACAAAAGGAGGACUCUCAUCUGCCAGCUGAAGUCAACAUGGCACAAAAUUCAAAAUCCAGCCAGGUGAGAGCUUGUUUCCAAAGAGGCAAGCUGGACAUCCUGACCAGCAGGUGCCAUAUUAUGGGUAGGAAAGAGAUAAGAGCUAUGAGGCAUUCAACUCUGCUCUUAGGACCUGGCCACUUAACAAUUAAUAUACAGUGGUACCUCAGGUUACAUACGCUUCAGGUUACAGACGCUUCAGGUUAUAGAGUCCACUAACCUAGAAAUAGUACCUGGGUUGAGAACUUUGCUUCAGGAUGAGAACAGAAAUCGUGCUCUGGCGGCGCGGCAGCAGCAGGAGGCCCCAUUAGCUAAAGUGGUGCUUCAGGUUAAGAACAGUUUCAGGUUAAGAACAGACCUCUGGAACGAAUUAAGUACUUAACCCGAGGUAUCACUGUAUAUACAUAUUCCCCAAAGCAAACAAUUGAUCAGAGGUGAAUAAAUAAAUGCACAGGGAGCAUAUUUUUACCCUGUUUUCAUAUUUUUAAAGGGCUGCUGUGGCAUUCGUACGGAGCCCCCGGUCGUCUCACGGACUAUUGACCCGUACACCACUAAUCCGCUGCCACCAACCAGGUCCUCCCCAGUAAAUCACUUAGUCUCAAGUCAGGUUCUCAAGUUAACAAAGAAGAGUGUAGUUUAUUGCAGACACAAACAAACUUUAACUGCAUUCCAAACGUUGUUACUCUUUACCUUCUUAGUCUUAUUUUAUCCUGUCUCUAUCUCUUCUACCUCCCCUCACACAAGAACCAACUGCACUGUCUCUCUAUUUCCAACUCUCUGCCAACUGCUUUUCCAACUGCCUUUCCCAACCAACCAACACACUAAAACGAACCAACUACCCACUAAAACCAACCAACUACCCACACCCAAACCUCAGGCUAAACCCCUUUAUAAACAGGUGGGCUCCACCUCCGGCUUUCCUAUUGGUCUACAUAUUAACCCUUUCUCUCCCCCUGUACAGACAUUUUCAAACGAACAGGCAAACACCACAUCCCUCCCCUCUUAAAGAAGUUUGAUCAGGAGGGAUAACUGAACAGAGUUACACUCCUGAUCAAACUGCAUUAGACAUUUAAAACAACUCAGUUAUCUACAGGAAAAAAAAUUAACUGUCCAUGGUUAACCUUCACCAUCGGGUCUCUUGAUAAAGCAUCGGCCACAAUGUUCAGGGGCCCUUUCAUGCUUCUUAUGGUGAAAUUGAAGUCCUGCAGCAACAGGGCCCACCUCAUCAGUUUGCUAUUAGUUCUCAUCAUCCUUAGCCAAAGCAAGGGUGAAUGAUCGGUGCACAGUAUAAAUUUCUGGCCCCAGAUGUAUGGUUUUAACUUCUGUAGGGACUAGACUAUAGCAAAACAUUCUUUUUCUAUCAUGGAAAGGUGUUUCUCUCUGGGUACCUGAUCAGAUGCAGGUUGUUUUCCUCUCCCAGUUAACACAGCACGGCUCCAAUCCCAGCAUUCAGCGCAUCUGUAAAGAUGGUGAACUCUUAUGUCGUAGUUUGUUGCGACGAGGACUGGUCCGGUAGUCAAGGCAUUCUUUAGCGCAUGAAAUGACUGCUGGCACACUGAUGUCCACUCAACAUGCUCCGGUUUUUUCUUGCGAGUCAAGUCGGUCAGUGGUGCAGCUAGUUCACUGAACUUAGGGAUAAAUUUUCGAUAACACCCUGCCAAAUCUAAAAAUGCUCUCACUUUCUUUUUUGACAUAGGAGUAGGGCAGUUCGUAAUUGCCUCCACCUUGGUCUCUAAGGGCUUUAUUAUUCCUCCACCUACCAUAUGUCCAAGGUACUUGAUUUCUGAGACCCCAAUCUGACAUUUACUAGCCUUAAUGGUCAAGUCCACCUUUUUAAUUCUUUGUAGAACUAACUCUAGGUGCUCUUUGUGUUCGGACCAGGUUUGACUAAAAAUUGCAAUAUCAUCCAGGUAAGCUACUGUAAACUCCCUUAAUCCAUGCAGGAUCUUAUCCACUAGCCUUUGAAAGGUCGCUGGCACAUUUUUUAGUCCAAAGGCCAUCACUUUAAACUCAUAUAAACCUAGGGGACUUCUAAAGGCAGUUUUUCCUGGUCCCCAGGACAUUCUUACUUGAUAAUAGUCUUCUGUCAAGUCUAGACAGGUAAUGAAAUAGCACCUGCCUAUGGUCUCAAUUAGGUCAUCUAAGCAGGGCAUUAGAUAGGCAUCCACCUUAGUGACGUGAUUUAACUUUCGGUAGUCAACACAAAAUCUUAUAAAGCCAUCAGGUUUGUCUACCAGCACUACCGGUGCUGCCCAGGGAUUCUCUUAUGAUCCCUGCCUUCAGCAUCUCCUGCACCUCGUUGCGGAUUUUAUCCAUGUAUGUCCCAGUUAUCUGAUAAGGGGACACUGCAAUGGGUUUAGCAUCCCCAGUGUCUAUGCAAUGGACUUCGCUAUUCCCGGAACAUUACUAAAGACGGCUUUAUAUUUUUGUAGGAUACUUCCUACCUCCUCCUGCUGUGACUGGGUUAAUGAAGGGGCUAGAUUCACUUCUCUCUGAUUACAAUGUUGCUUCCCAGCACAGUAUGUCGUCUGUUUCUUCCGAGUCCUCUCUUAUAGCAUAUAGAGCCCAGCUGUCUGUUCUAUGGUAUGGUUUUAGUAUGUUCACGUGAACCACUUUGCACCCUUCAUCCCCCUGCUGGAUAAUGUAGUUCACGUUAUUCAUUUUGGACACAAUCUUGUACGAUCCCUCCUAGGCUAAUUGCAAUUUAUUUCCCUUUAUUGGCCUUAGCAGCAACACUUCAUCUUCUGACCCAAAGGUUCUCUCUCUGGCCUUUUUAUCAUACCAGAUUUUUUUGCUUUGACUGGGAGGCUUUUAAAUUUUCUCCUGCUGUUUCUAAGGAAUGGCGUAAAGUGUUUUGCAGUUUGUACAGAUAGUCCAUCUCUGAAUCUGAAUCACUAUCUGGGUGAUCCUCCCAAUUUAUUCGGAGUAGUUCUAAAGGUCCUUUGACCUUGCACCCUAGUAAAAGUUCAAAUGGACUAUACACUCUUGUGGAAUGUCUCGGUAUGCGUACAAGAGGAGUUUUUGCAGUCCCAGUCAGUAGGGUUUUCUCCUACGUAGGCUUUGAUCAUAUGGAUCAAACUUCCAUUAAACUUCUCAACCAAUCCAUUAGUCUCUGGAUGGUAUGGUGUGGAAGUUACAUGUGUGAUGGAGGCAAAGACCCAGAAAAAGUUAAAUAUGGAAACUAAGUGGUUGAGAUACUCUGAUCUGUUACUGGAAGAUAAAGAAGGAUAUAAAUUAAAACCACUUGAUCAAAUUAAAGAUAAAAUAAAUUGGCUACAAUAUCACCAGAUUAAUGAAUUGUACAAAUUAGAUAAGAAAAAUGGUUUUGCUUCAGAAAAAACUAAGUUGGAAAUGGAGUUGUUGGACUCUAAAGUUAAAAAUCUGUCUAAAUUUAUUGUUGGAAUGGCAUACAAAGGAUGAACAAGUUAAAUCUGUGAUGAUUGAUUGGGCAAGAGAUGUGGGACAUAAUAUAAUGUUUGAAGACUGGGAAAGGUUGUGGAGGAAAAGGGUCAAGUUCACUGCAUGCAUGGUGUUAAAGGAAAAUAUUAUGAAAAUGAUGUAUAGAUGGUAUUUAACCCCUGUAAAAUUAGCAAAGAUGUAUCAUAAUAGUGAUAAUCUAUGUUGGAAAUGUAAAGAAAAAGAGGGUACUGUACUUCCUUCUUUGAAUAUUUUCAAAUAAUAAUUAUUUGAUUGGGAAUACUUAAAGUUAAUUUCAGUGUGUAUAUAGACGUAACGGGUAGAGUAUACCUUAUAUAUAUUUAGAUAUGUAAGAAUGUUAAUUAUUCAUAUAUUUCGCAAUCCAUAUGUUAAAUCUAAGUAUGGUUAAUAUACAACUCAGGUUGGUGCGAUAAUUUUAGUAUAUUUGCUUUAUAUUAGGCCUUCCAAACAAUUUUGCUAAAGACAAAAUAGAGGACAAGAAAGCUUACAGAUUAAAACCACAAUGAGAAUUAUAAGUAUGAACAUCAAGGGGUUAAAGGAAAAGAAAAAACAAAUCUUAACACUCAAAUAUCUGCAGUCAUUAAAGGCUGAUAUAGGUCUAUUACAGGAAACACAUUUGACAGAACAAGGGGCUCAAACUUUGAAAUGUCAAUGGGUAAAAGAAGUUAUUUCAACAAACUUAGACGAAAAUGCUAGGGGAGUCACAAUUUUAUUUAGGAAAGGCUGGCCUUAUGAAAUACAAAGAUAUAAUAAGACAGGAAGAUGGCCGAUGCUUAAUAACUGUAAUUAAAACAGAAGGGACAGAAAUAGCAAUAGUAAAUGUCUAUGCCCCGAACACUGAUGACCAUAAGUUUAUUCACAAUUGCUUUAAGAGGUUAAGCUUCUUAUCGUAUCAGCACUUGAUAAUGGGUGGAGACUUGAAUGAAAUUUUAGAUCCACAGAUGGAUAUCGCAUCAGUAGCCAGGAAAAAAAGGACAAAGGUUAGAGAGACAAUUAAUAACCAUAUGAUACAGUGGAAUUUAGUGGAUUCAUGGGGAUUGCACCAUCCUAAGGAAAAAUCAUAUACAUAUUUUGCAGGAAUUCAUAAUACCCAGCAUAGAAUUGACUUUUUUCUAAUAUCAGCAUCAUUACAUCCCUUUACUAGCUGAUGUGAUAUUGAUAUUCCCAUUAUAGCUGAUCACUCAGCAGUAAUACUGGAAUAUAAUUUAUCUAAAACCCAGGAAGGUAUGAGGAGAUGGUAUUUUAAUUUCUUUUAAAUGAAAGAAAUUUCAUUCAAUAUAUAUAACCCAAGAAACACAAAUAUAUUUUAAAAAUAACUACAAAUCUUCAACGUCAAGACUGAUGGAAGGUCAAGAAUAUAAAGCUUACAUCAGAGGGAAGAUAAUAUCCUUCUCUACCAACAAAGCCAAGCUGCAAAGAUUAAAAGAAAACAAUCUAAAAAUUUCUUUAAAAACACUAUGUGGCGAUAUGUCAAAUAACCCAUCUAAUGCUACAUAUGAAAGAAUACAACAACUAACAUUAGAGCUGAAUAAUAUACUAGCUCAAAAAAUUGAGUUCAGCCUACUAAGUCUAAGACAAAUAUAUUGGGAACAGGAUAAAAGACGGACAAAAAUUCUAGCUAAUCAUCUAAAACAAAAGAAAGCGAACCAAAUAAUACCCUUAAUAAGAAAUGAAAAUAACAUCGCAGCGACCUCAUCAAUAGAUAUCAAUAAUGAAUUUUUUUAAUUCUACAAAAAAUUAUAUGAAGGGCCGGAAAAUAUAUCAGAGGAUGAGGUGGAAAACUUCUUUCAAGAUAUUAAAAUACCAACUAUUGAAGAAUAUCAAAAAGAUAUGCUAUCAGCACCCCUAAAUAUAUCAGAUAUUGAGAAUGUAAUAGAAACAAUGGGAAAUGGGAAAUCACCUGGACCAGAUGGUCUUCUUAUAAAGGUAAAGGUAAAGGUACCCCUGCCCAUACGGGCCAGUCGUGUCCGACUCUAGGGUUGUGCGCCCAUCUCACUUAAGAGGCCGGGGGCCAGCGCUGUCCGGAGACACUUCCGGGUCACGUGGCCAGCAUGACGAAGCUGCUCUGGCGAGCCAGCACCAGCGCAGCACACGGAAACGCCGUUUACCUUCCCACUAUAAAGCGGUACCUAUUUAUCUACUUGCACUUAGGGGUGCUUUCGAACUGCUAGGUGGGCAGGAGCUGGGACCGAAAGACGGGAACUCACCCCGCCGUGGGGAUUCGAACCGCCGACCAUACGAUCGGCAAGUCCUAGGCGCUGAGGUUUUACCCACAGCGCCACCCGCGUCCCGGUCUUCUUAUAGAAUGGUAUAAAAUAUUCAAAAAUCUACUAGUCCCCAGACUUCUAGAAGUCUAUGAGGAAAUAGCUCAGAAAGGUAUAUCUGCUACAACAUUCAAUGUAGCUUUAAUAAUAAUUAUACCAAAACCUAACAAAGACCCUACUAAAUGUGCAAAUUAUAGACCAAUAUCAUUAAUGAAUGUUGAUGAAAAGAUUAUGAAUGCAAUAUUGGCAGCAAAAUUACAAAAGGUUAUUCAAGACUUGAUACCUAAUAAUCAAACAGGUUUUAUAAAAACAAGACAAGCUACAGACAAUAUCAGAUUAACAAUAGAUUUGAUAAAUUUAAAUAAAGAUGAAGAGGAGUUUAUGAUAUUGUCAUCAGAUGCAGAAAAGGCUUUUGACAGAAUAUAUAAAGAAUUCAUAGGGUUUGUGUUACGUAAAUUUGGUUUCCCUAUAGAAUACUGUAAUUGGAUUAAAAUGAAUUAUAAAAACCCAACGUCCCAGAUUGUUACAAACGGAAGAAUUUCAAAUUUGAUUAGUUUAAAUCGAGGAACGAGACAAGGAUGUCCUCUUUCUCCGUUAUUAUUUAAUCUGUGCCUGGAACCAUUAACAAGAACAAUAAUUCAGGAUGAGCAUAUCAGGGGUGUAAAACACAACAAAGAUAAUUACAAAAUUGUAUUAUUUGUGGAUGAUAACCUUUUAUUUAUUACAAAACCAGAAGAUACAAUUCCAAAAAUUAUGGAGAAAAUAAAAACCUUUGGCAGAAUAUCAGGAUAGUCUAUAAAUUGGACAAAAUCAGAGAUUUUACCAAUUGGGCCAAGGGCUACAUUGUAUAGAAACCAUCAAUUUCGGAUGUGCAAAGACUUUAUUAAAUACUUGGGUAUAAUGAUUUCAUUAGAUAUAGACCAAAUUGUAAAAUUAAAGUUGAAUCAAAUUAUAAAUGAGAUUACUUUUGAUAUUGAAAGGUGGGGACCUCUAAACCUUUCCCUUUGGGGAAAGGUUAAUGUCCUCAAAAUGAAUGUUGUUCCAAAGCUUCUAUACAUUCUGGUUAGUGGGGUAGAAGUGGAAGGAUCAUUAGGCGCGAGUGAUCAUGCUCUUCUGAAGUUUACUAUACAGCGGAAAGGAGCAGCCAAGCAUACUAGGACUCAAUUUCUUGACUUUAAGAAAGCUGACUUCAUAAAACUUAGGGAAGUGCUGGGUGAGAUCCCAUGGACAGUAAUACUAAAAGGAAAGGGAGUUCAUGAUGGCUGGGAGUUUGUUAAGAGGGAGAUACUAAAAGCACAACAUCAGGCAAUACCAAUGAGACAGAAACAUGGAAGGUGCCUAAAGAAGCCAGGGUGGCUAUCUAAAGAACUUUAACUGAGUUAAGAUUAAAAAGGAUGUGUACAAAAAAUGGAAAAGGGGGGAAACCACCAAAGAGGAAUUCAAACAAAUAGCCAGCACGUGUAGACACAAAGUCAGAAAAGCUAAAGCACAGAAUGAACUCAGGCUUGCUAGAGAGGUUAAAAGCAACAAAAAGGCUUUUAUGGGUAUGUCCGUAGCAAAAGGAAGAACAAAGAAACAGUGGGGUCACUCAGAGGAGAAGAUGGUGAAAUGCAAACAGGGGACACAGAAAGAGCUGAACUCCUCAAUGCCUUCUUUGCCUCAGUCUUCUCCGAUAAAGAAAACAAUGCCCGACCUGAAGAAUUUGGAGCAAAUGAUUCAGCAAAGGAAACACAGCCCAGAAUAACUAAGGAGAUAGUACAAGAAUACUUGGCUAGUUUAGAUGUAUUCAAGUCUCCAGGGCCAGAUGAACUGCAUCCAAUAGUAUUCAAAGAACUGGCAGAUGUGAUCUCAGAACCACUGGCAGUCAUCUUUGAGAAUUCCUGGAGAACAGGCGAAGUCCCGGCAGACUGGAGGAGGGCAAAUGUUGUCCCUAUUUUCAAAAAGGGGGAAAAGAGAGGACCCAAAUAAUUACCGCCCAGUCAGUCUGACAUCAAUACCAGGGAAGAUUCUGGAGCAGAUCAUUAAGCAAACAGUCUGUGAGCACCUAGAAAGGAAUGCUGUGAUCACCAAUAGUCAGCAUGGAUUUCUGAAAAAUAAGUCAUGUCAGACUAACCUGAUCUCGUUUUUGACAGAAUUACAAGCCUGGUAGAUGAAGGGAACGCAGUGGAUGUAGCCUACCUUGAUUUCAGCAAGGCUUUUGACAAGGUGCCUCAUGAUAUUCUUUUGUAAAGAAGCUGGUAAAAUGCGGUCUUGACUAUGCUACCACUCAGUGGAUUUGUAACUGGCUGACUGACCGAACCCAAAGGGUGCUCAUCAAUGGUUCCUCUUCAUCCUGGAGAAGAGUGACUAGUGGGGUGCCACAGGGUUCUGUCUUGGGCCCGGUCUUAUUCAACAUCUUUAUCAACGACUUGGAUGAUGGACUCAAGGGCAUCCUGAUCAAAUUUGCAGAUGACACCAAAUUGGGAGGGGUGGCUAACACCCCAGAGGACAGGAUCACACUUCAAAACGACCUUGACAGAUUAGAGAACUGGGCCAAAACAAACAAGAUGAAUUUUAACAGGGAGAAAUGUAAAGUAUUGCACUUGGGCAAAAAAAAUGAGAGGUACAAAUACAAGAUGGGGGACACCUGGCUUGAGAGCAGUACAUGUGAAAAGGAUCUAGGAGUCUUGGCUGACCACAAACUUGACAUGAGCCAACAGUGUGACGCGGCAGCUAAAAGCCAAUGCAAUUCUGGGCUGCAUCAAUAGGAGUAUAGCAUCUAGAUCAAGGGAAGUAAUAGUGCCACUGUAUUCUGCUCUGGUCAGACCUCACCUGGAGUACUGUGUCCAGUUCUGGGCACCACAGUUCAAGAAGGACAUUGACAAACUGGAACGUGUCCAGAGGAGGGCAACCAAAAUGGUCAAAGGCCUGGAAACGAUGCUCUUAUGAGGAACGGCUAAGAGAGCUGGGCAUGUUUAGCCUGGAGAAGAGGAGGUUAAGGGGUGAUAUGAUAGCCAUGUUCAAAUAUAUAAAAGGAUGUCACAUAGAGGAGGGAGAAAGGUUGUUUUCUGCUGCUCCAGAGAAGCGGACACGGAGCAAUGGAUCCAAACUACAAGAAAGAAGAUUCCACCUAAACAUUGGGAAGAACUUCCUGACAGUAAGAGCUGUUCGACAGUGGAAUUUGCUGCCAAGGAGUGUGGUGGAGUCUCCUUCUUUGGAGGUCUUUAAGCAGAGGCUUGACAACCAUAUGUCAGGAGUGCUCUGAUGGUGUUUCCUGCUUGGCAGGGGGUUGGACUCGAUGGCCCUUGUGGUCUCUUCCAACUCUAUGAUUCUAUGAUUCUAGGAUUACCAAUACAUAUUCCCAAAUUUUACUUCCAAAAAAUAAAUCAACUAUUUAGAUUGUGCCUGUGGGGUACAAAGCCACCAAAAAUAUCACUACAUAAAAUGCAACUUCCAACUAAGGAAGGUGGCUUUGGUCUCCCAAAUCUGGAACUAUAUCACCAGGCCUACCUGCUGAGUAAGACUAACGAGUGGAGAGCUAGCAGGAAUCCCAAUUGGGCUACUCUCAAAUAUAGUUUCUUUGAACCUCUUGAAGGGUGGACUAAACUUGGCUCUAAUUUUAUGAAGUAUCCUAUUAUUCUGGAGACUAUUAAAGCACCUAUAAAAAUUUGGAUGAAUAUAAAUAAAAAUAAUAAGGAUGACCCCUAUCAGCAUGAGAAAUUAACAAUAUGGGCCAACCCAAAUUAAAAAUUGGAAAUCAAGUAAUAAUUUGGCAAAAUUGGAUGAAGAAAGGUAUUUUGACAUUGAAUCAAUUAAUUGGUGAAAAUUACAAAUUCGUGGAAUAUAAGACUUUGCAAGUAAAGUAUGGAUUAACCAGUGAAACACAAUGGCAAUACAUCCUAUUGAAACAUAUGUUGGAAAGGCAGUUUGGUCCUGACACUAUAGUGCUGCUACAAGAUUUAAUUUCUGCAACAAAAAACUCUACACUCGCACUAUAUAAAACCCUACUCAACUGGAAGAAAUAUGAUUUAGAAUAUGAUAGACAAAAAUUGAGAGAAGAGUUAGGGGUACAGAUAAGAGAUGAUAUAUGGGAGUCAAGUAUAAAAUAAACAGAAAUAGAAUCUAUGGAUCUAAGACUAAGACUAAGACUUAUUCAGCAGAAAAUAAUAUUCAGACUCCAGCAAAACUUUACCAGAAGAAAAUAAAUGCAGACAACUGCUGGAGAUGUGGAAGUAAAAAUGCGAACUUAGUACAUAUGAUGAUUAACUGCCCGAUGAUAGGAUCAUUUUGGUGCGAGGUGAAGAUAUAUAUUGCAAGAGUAACAAAAAAGUUGAUGUUGAGUUCAGAAAAAGCAGAGAUACUGAACAGAUCGAUAUCAGAUCACAAUCCAGUAUCAGUAUAGAUGAAAUUUCAAAAUCAUACUAAGGGAAGGUGGAGAAUGAACGAGAAGGUAUGGAGAGAUGAUCAAAGGGUUAAAAGGGCUAAGGAAAUAUUGAAAGAAUUCUAUGAAAUAAAUGAAAAUCAGGAUACGGAUAAAAAAAUGAUUUGGGAAGCGAGUAAAGCCUAUAUGAGAGGGUAUGUAAUACAACAAAUGGGAAGGAUAAGGAGAAAUAAAGAUAAUAAUACUAUGGAAAUAAAUAAACAAAUAAGAGAGAAAGAAAAAAAUUUAGUGGAAAACCCCAAAAAUGAAGCUUACGAACAAUUACAAACAUUUGGAAUAAAUUGGUUACAAUAUUAUCAAUUAAAAGCAACAUAUGAAAAAGACAAAAAGGAGGGAUUAGAAAAUAAAACCUCAAAAUUAGAAAAGGAAAUAUUGCAAAGCGAUCAAAAAUACUUCCAAAAAUGUAUAGAUUAUUAAUGAAAACCAGCUUAGAACAAGAGACGAAAGGGGAAAACAUGUUAAAAUGGGAGCACGAUUUGGGAUAUGAGAUAGAUCUGGAAAGAUGGAAAACUUUUUGGGAGGAAAACAUAAAUUUUACUGUGUGUGAUUUAUUAAGGGAGAAUUUCAGAAAAAUUCACCACAGAUGGGACCUAACCCCUGACAGAUUGUCAAAAAUAAAUAAAAGGAACAACGACAAAUGUUGGAAAUGUAACAGAACAAAAGGUACGUUAUAUCACAUGUGGUGGACUUGCCCAAAGAUUAAAACCUUUUGAGGCAUGAUCCAUAACGAAAUAAAAAAAUUGAUACGGACAUCACACACGAAAAAGGCAGAGGCAUAUCUAUUAGGAAUUCUAGAUAAAGAUAUCCCAAAAGAUAAACUAACUUAUUUCUAUACGCGACAACAGCGGCAAGAAUUUUGAUUGCUAGCUAUUGGAAAGAAGACAGCAUCCCAUCAAAAAGAGAAUGGUUGGGGAAACUUUGUGAGUACCUGGAAUUAGCAAAACUGACGGAUAUAAUAAGGAGAAAAUCCAAAACUAUGGUUAUGAAGCAAUGGGAGUUCUUAACUGAUUAUUUACAAAACCAGGGCUCAACUAUAAAAAUCUGGUUGUGUUUAGAAUAAUCUUGUGCAUAAUAUAAAAAAAAUACAAAGUGAGACAUUAAGGAAAUCCAAAGGGAAAAUAUGAAGAACAGAGGUUCUGACGAAUGGAUUAUUAAAAACGCGUGAGGUAAACGGUGGAAGACUUUUUUUAAAAAAAACAAACACAAUUUAUUUAAGGUAGAUAAGGACAAGAUGAAAUUCUACAAUUGAAUAUAAAUAUAGAUGGGAAACGGCUAUGUAUUGUGAGUACUUAUCUACUUUUAAAAAUUUUCACUUAUGAUCUUUUUCUUUUCUUUGUUCUUUUCUUCUUUUUUCUGAUAUCUUAUGUUUCAUUUCACUGCUUUAUUGUGAAUAGCAUUUUAUAGAGGUAUAAACAACUGUAAAUAUGAAAAGAGACAAAAUAUUCUCUAAUUCUUUUUCCUUGGUUAGAUGUAUUUUCUUUUUCUUUUGUAUUUUCUUUUGUUGUGAAUAUGUAUGUUUUCUAAUUUGUACUUAAUAAAAAAUAUUUUAAUUUUUUUUAAAAAAAAUAUUGUUAUUUAGGGGAAUUGAAUUUAAUUCUAAAUUAUAUACUGGAAAUGUGGGAGAUUACAAGAGGUAAAAAAAAAUGGAUGUACCGUGCCAUAUUAGAAGCAAAAAAACUUGUUCUGAUGAAUUGGAAGAGCCGCAAAAAGAUUCCAUUGAGCACAUGGAUUGAUAAUAUGGACAGACUAGCUACAUACGAACGAAUUGCAUGUCAAAGCAAAUUAAGAAUGAAUAAAUAUGAAGAAAUCUGGAAGGAAUAUUUAAGCGAUAAGGCGGACGGUGGUGGGAAGUAGGGGGAUGAGAGGUGGGGAAAUAUUGUUAAAAAGGUGUAGUCAUAGGUAUAUCAGUACUCAAAUUUGAAAUGUUAAAUUGUGUUAUAAGUGUUCUUGCGAUUUUUGUUGUAUGUGUUCUUUGUGGUUGUUGUUUGUCUUGAAAAAAUGAUUAAAUAAAAACAAAAACAAAAACCAAAGCAGCACAAAAGAGUCCCAAGAUGCUGGUAAAAUAAGUAGCAAAUUCAAGACAUAAGUACCAGUGGCUAUAUGGACAAAAUGAGGACUGAGAAAUAAUAAAGAUGUAUCAGCAGAAGCUUGAGGCCUGAAGAAGUACAGAAAAAUCUUUUUUGCUGCAGGACCCACUUGUUACCUUUAAUGCCACUGAGGUGUCACUCUUCAGGCCAUCCAAGAUGGGUUUGAAUCGUUCCACUUCAUCCAUUUCUGCUCGUUGUGUCAGUGCCACCAGAACGUGCUCAUGCCUAUGUAAGAGUAAGGAAAACAAAUCAGUAACAGACAGUGCAAUGCUAGCCAUGCCUACUUGCUAGUCCCAAUGAGUUCAAUGAGAUGCACUCCCAGGUGCUUUAAAGAUGGCAGUCUGACUUUCAUAUGCUCACAACAGGAAACUAUGUAAGAGUUUGAUAAAUUGCGCAUCUAGUGUAUUAAAAUUUCUAAAAACUGUUAAGAACCAAUGGUGCCUUGGAUCCAGGGGACCAAAAACCCUCCUAAGCAAUAUGGAGUAAGAUGUGGGGCUUCAAAGUGGGGAUGACCCCAAACCUUACACAAGCUUAUUCAGCUUCUGCUUCUUAGGCUUCAGGCCGUUGUGCAGAUUAGAUGCACAUUAAAACUUGCAAUUCAGAUGUAGCCUUCCAGUUUUUAAUGUAUUUUGAAAAGGAUCCCAAGUGCUAGACUGCCCACCUAUGAAAUACAACUAAACCAAAAGAUAAAUCACCUAUAAUCACUGACAUAUCCACAGGCUGAGGCAGAAUGCAGAGGGCAGACAGUAGCGUGAUAGCAUCAAUCAUCAUGGAUGGGACUUUGGGGUCAACGGCUCUUGCCAAAAGCAGGAUCCCCUCCUCCGUUUCAAGCAUCGUCUUAAUUCCAAACUAAAAAAGGGGGGACACACACCCAUUGAGUGCAUGCACAUACAGAAAGGUUGCCAAUGCCACAGGAGGAGAGUAAGGCAACUGUCUAACCUGGGAAAUAGGUGUAAAGGGGGGGGCAAGACCCCCCCCCAAGCUGACAUGUGCAAAAGUGAUGUGGGGAAGAUCCCAUAAGUGUGCAAAUUUAAGAAGGGGAGCAUCUCAACCGAGAGUAAUCACACUAGAGGUUUCUCCCUCUUAAUCUAGAAGUUCAUUUACACUUCAUCUCUUCUCUCCUCAAAGUUUUGAUGUGCUUUAACCUAUAUACAUUUUAGAUUAGAUUCCUCACACUAUUUCCCUCUUAUCUUCAAUUCUGUUGCUUGUUUAAUUUACACUGCCUCUUCAUUCUGAUCAAGUUUCUCCUUUUUUCUUCUCCCCUUUGCUUCGUCUUGCUAACUUCCUUCCAAUACAAUAUGGUUCCUAUUUGCAAAUAGCUCUACUCCCUUGCUUCUCUUACUUUCUUAUUGCUUUCUUCUCCCCUCUUAACCUCCAUGCUGCUGCUGUGUGUUGGCUGGAAGGAAGGCGUGGCUGCGCUCUGCUCCAGGUGACUGCCAUCAGCCUGAGACCCUGAAAUAUCACCUGCCUUUCCAUCAGGUAUGUAGAAGGGGAAGGCUUCAAGAGGCGAAGCACCAUGUGCAACACUACUUGGCAUGGCACUUGGUGUCGCCAUGGAGCCCCUCUGUUUCUCUGCCCAGCACCAGAUUUCUUGGUGGUGACCCAGGUCUUGGAGCCUGAGCUUCCACAGCAGUAGUCGCCUGCCAUGAACCAGCUUGACCAGUAACAGCAGCAGCAAUGUUUAAUGUUUAAGGUAGUAUUUUAUUUCUUUGACAAUGAUGCAGUUUCAAAUGUGUCUUUUAUAUUUGAUCUCCUUUAGUAGUGUUUUAUUUUGAAAUGUUUAAGUUUUUUGUUUGUGUGUUUGUUAACUUUGUUCUGUUAAUCGUGCAGUCUAUAUUUGAAAUCUUUAAGAUAAUAUUUUAGUUUCCUGCUAGCAUUGUUGCUUUGAAAGUACACUUUAUAUUUGAUUUUCUUCUACAAAUGUUCUAUUUUGGAUUGUUUAAUUUGUUUUAAAAAGGAUAAAAUGGUAUAGUAACUGUGGAGUUUGUACAGAGCCCCCAGUUGUCUCACGGACUAUUGUCCCAUACACCACUAAUCCGCUGCCACCAACCAGGUCCUCCCCGAUAAACCACUUAGUCUCAGUCAGGUUCUUAAGUUAACAAAGAAGAGUGUAGUUUAUUGCAGACAGACACAAAUAAACUUUAACUGCAUUCCAGUUACUCUUUACCUUCUUAGUCUUAUUUUAUCCUGUCUCUAUCUCUUCUACCUCCCCUCACACAAGAACUCACACAAGAACCAACUGCACUAUUUCCAACUGUCUGCCAACUGCUUUUCCAACUGCCUUUCCCAACCAACCAACCCACUAAAACCAACCAAAUACCCACAACCCAAACCUCCGGCUAAGCACUUUUAUAAACAGGUAGGCUCUGCCUCUGGCUUUCCAACUGGUCUGCAUAUUAACCCUCUCUCUCCCCCUGUACAUUUUCAAACGAACAGGCAAACGCCACAGCAACAAAAAUAUUAUUAUUAUUAAUAAUAAUAGUAAUAAUACCAGCUUGAUUCUAAUCUGGAGAGCUCUCUCUCUCUUUCAUUGCUCUUCCCCUAUUCCCAGC